AUGCUUCUUCUGUUCCUGUCGUCAUGAUGAAGAAAAAAAAAUGGUAGGAGGAGGGUGCUUCAGCCUUUUAGAUCCCUUCAGGCCUACAUUACGUUACAUGGAGUGAGAUGAUGCAGGCUGUUUGAUCUGCUCAGUUUAACAAAUAACAAAACAGUCAUGGUAGGACUGCUGUGAAACCUGCCAGUCUAACUGAAAAUGCAUUUUGCUUGAAUUUUUAUUCUCAUAGCUCAUUACAAAUGUAGUGUCAGUCUAAAAGUGCCCCCACACUCAAAUACAAGGACAUUUUAUUCAAUUAGUUGUAGUGUUAAGAACACCAUCAACAUAAUAUACUUGAGCAUCAAAAAGAAAAGUAGUCCAACUUUUUAGACCCAACUUUUCAACGUGUCUGUCCACUAAUGAAUUAUUCAACAUUUCAAUGUAAUUGUAUGAGGUCCCUUUGUCUUGUGGGUGGUUAGAGUAGACGUGCUCUAUAUUCACUGCCAGAUUAUUUUAGGAAAAUUAUCGGAUAUAUUUGCUUCUUAUAACGUUAAUCAUAAAACAUUACACAGUUGUUUCCAUAUGCAGCACGCUGUGUUUUCCUCUCACUUCCUGUUUCAUCCACUGGGUGGCAGCAAAGUCAUUUAGUGUAUGUUGAGUUUAGGGUCAGUCGGAAAUCCUGAAGUCCCUUCUAAAUAAACCUCUACAGUGUGUGGGCAGUGAAAACUAUACUUGAUGCCGUCGUCGGCUGAACAAGUUAAUUAUGUCCUCGUGUAUUAUAACUUGUCGUGUCUCUUUUUCCUUUCAUGCAAACUGUUUUCUUAAAGUUGUAAGUACACUGUAUUGCAUAGAGACGCCUAGCCGGACGCACAAAAGAGCAAACCAUUUCCCAAAAUUAGUGAGUAGUCGUUACAAUGUCAACGUUUUCUAUCUCCGUUUUAAAAGUCUUUGAAAAAAAUGUUUAAGAGAAAAGAAACAUUGUCAAGUUGGUUUGCAUAUUGCCAAUGAGAAAUGGGAGUUACACGCAAAGGCAGCACUUGAGUUACUACAUCCCCUUCCAUUACAAUGCAUUUUUUUGUGCAAAGCCUAUGUUGCCUUUCAUAAUUAUUAUUUUUCUGUUUUAUAUAUGAAACAUGGAAAAUGUGACUCGCAAGACUCAAGAAACGCGUCCAAACUAAUCUGACUUCACCUCUCCAGAAGUUCCUCUGCAGGGUCCAUCCAGCUGGACUAAGACCGCCCCGUACAUUUACAUGUCUCCCCCUCCUGUCAGUGCUCUGCAGCUGGGGAGUCCAGCCCCUCUGGAGGGAGGAGAAGACUUGGUGAAACGCUACUUUUUACUGCGUUGUAAUGUUUCACAAGGAGUUGAGCAGCUUGAGACAGACAGCCUGACACCCUCAAUCCAUGGAUGCACCCAAAGCUUGAGUGCUGCGAGAGUUGCUGUCCCUCUUUUCUACAAACUUGUCUUCCCAGAUAGUGCCUUCAAGGCAACACAUGAACCUUUUUUACCCCAGACUUUCAUACUAUUUUCAUGGGUGACCAUCUUAUUUUGUAGGAUUUAGAGUAUUUUUGGUGCCAUUCCUGACUGGUGUGUGAAGAUGCAGCUCCGCACGGUGCUUGACGUUAAUGUUGUGGACGUACAGAAGAGAAGGAACCCUUCAAAACAUUAUGUAAGUUACCUCAUCGUUUUGUUAUCAUCUUCUCAAAGUUUACUUUAACGUAGUAGAAAUAUAGCCCCACGUUGUAUCUUCAAAUUUUAGCUUCACAAGCUUCACAUAGUUGGUAUAUAUUCCUACAAACUUCUGACUCAGUGAAAAAGCACACCCCUUGACAUAAAACACUCAUCCAAGUUAUUGCAAGAAGAACUAUUGUCACUUCAGAGACUCGUGGUCUUGAGAACAUCUUUUGGCAUGGAGAGGGGCGUGUUAGGGUCUCUGUUUGAUGGAUAUCAACUAAACAUCUGAGUCCUCACAGGGAAACUAGAAAAUAGUCAUCAAUCCUGUACAACAAAUUAUUACAUUAGCCAUCUAAACACUUCAAGAGACAAAGUUUUUUUGUCCAUGCAGGUUAAUUUCCUCCCAAACUGGCAUUGUCUUGUAUUUUCCUCCUUGGUUGCUCUUUUAAUAACAUGAUGGAACAAGACCUGUUGGCAUAAGCACUUUAGAUUUCAUGUGACUCCAGCUGGAAAGCUAAAUUAGGAUAUCUUUUGAAGUCUGUGGCCCUUGAUUGUGUUGUUUAGCAUGUUAAUGUUGGGCUGCUGGUCAGUGUGACCCAUGCUUACUGUUUAGUGUGGUGGUGGAGGCGUAGGCUAUACCAGCAUAUAAAAAGAAGAGUUUAAAAAGUUAAUUAUUGUUAUUGGUUUUAAAAUUUCCACAAGAAUGGUGCUUCAGUACGGUCAAGGAUGUAAAAUAAGCAAAGAGGUUAAAAGCUUGUUAACCAUCUGAGCACAAGGUUGUUCUUUUGAGGUAUUGCAUUUCAUUUAUUCUUUUCCAUAAUGAACACAGUUGAGCCGGGAGGGAUUUUUGAAGCACUGACAGCUCUUUAAGAAAACAAAGGUGAUAUUUAUGUAGUGUACUGAAGGGAAUGUACCAUCCUUUGUGUUUUCAAACUCAUGAGAACUACGUGCCAAAUUUGCUGCAGCCAAACACAUUCCCAUGUAAACAUCAUCCAUAGAAAUUAAAAGUAACAGAUUCAGCCAUGUUGUCUGUGGUCUAACCUUUGUGGACAGAGAGGAGGAAGCCCCUACCAUCACUAGAAGGUGGAUAUAUCUCAGGGUUAUAGAUUGAAUAAGGAGGAAAUUACUUGCUUUGUAAACACUUAUCCACUUUUGGAUUUGUGAGAAGAUAACAAGUAAAUAGGUUCUUGUUUCCAUCAUUAUCCAUAAGGAUUUGGGGAUACUCUGGGUUGGCAAAAGCGUCAUCAUUGCUACUGAACAAGAAGCAAAUGUUCCAGUGGCUUUUGUGCAUCCAUUUAAGGAAGAUUAUUAGCUUCAAAAGAAGGUUUAAAAAGGUAUUGUUAAAGCCUCAUUGGAGAAUAUUGUUGUUCUUCCGUUGCUCCAGUUGCAGAAGUUUGUUGGUUCUUUGUCCUUCAGAAACAUCUGUCAUCAUUCCUGUGAUAAAAACAAAUCAAGACAGCUUUUUAUUCUUGUAGCAUUCAUCCCAUUUAACCCCACCAUGUCUGGACUUGCCUGGUGCAGGUUAGAGGAAGGCCAGAGUGAGCUUGAUAAUCUUUAACAUGCCAUAGUUAUCUUAGGUUUCUACCUGCAGAGCCUUAUUAGCCAGAGCUAAUAACCUCAGAGUGCACCACUACCAUGAAUGCUUUAUGACUGGUGAACACGUCAACCCAACAGGUGAAAACAAAACAGACACAACUGAUUCAUAAAGCAACUCAACAUGCAACAUUUUACUCUUGAACUUGGCGUUUAACAAUGCGGUUAUGUUACGGUGUAUGAACCUAAAAAGAUAGCUCUAGCUUACUUUGUCACAACUCCUGACAGAGAAAAGUUGUACACCAGAUUUAAUUUAAGUAACAUCCUCAGUUUGUGGGAUGGGUGUAGCAGGGUCUUAUGAGGUAGAGGAGGGAGAAGGCAGAGGAUUGUGUUGUAUGUUUGUGUUGGAAACUACAGCUUAAUGCUGUUUACCUCUGUAGCACAAAACAAAGGCUGGAGGACACAACACAAUUGGGAUACCUUUGUGACAGUUCAAUACUGUUUUGACUUUAACAUAUUUUGGUUUUGUUGAUUAUUGCAAUAAUGUUUACUGCAAGUUACAGUGUUGUCAGAACUGAAUAUGAAAUCCCCAAAUGAAAUUGAUCUGUUCAGAUAUAUUAGAUUAAGUGUUCAGUCUGUGUAAUGAAAUUGGAUUGUCAAGCAGACUGGUUGAGCAAUACUGUAUCUGAACUGUUGAGCUUUAGUGCUGUCCUUUCCUCUCUAUGUAUGAACAUCAUUUGGUCAAAAUAUCCAGUCAGAGUAUAAUUUUGUUCAGUUUCUGAAUUAUUUGAUGUGUAACUUUUAUAAAUUUUAUAUCCUACUUUUUGCUUUUUUUUCACAAUUGAUCUUCCUUUUUGUUUCAAACUAUCCAAAAGUCAUGUAAACACCUACUCUGCAGCAGCAUGAUAUGUUCCAUAAAGACUUUUUCUUUCAUCAGAAAACAGCAAAGUACCUCACAUUACCUGUUGCCGACAUACAGUAAAAAAAAAAGCUACAUAUUUAGUCAUGUUUUAACAACUUGGAAAUUAGUUGCUCCAUAGCAGUAUACUUUGUGCUCACUAUUAUAUGCAGCAAACAGUUUUGUAACUCUAUUCAGAGACAAAUGGAGAGAUGCUUCUCUCUAUGAUCCCAACUUAAAUUCACUGUCCAGAGCUCAAUUUCCCAACUAUUGUGUGUAAGAUAAGAUAGAUUUAAAUCAAAAAGAGAUUAACCAUCACAUGUGUACUCAACUGGUCAGGGCAGAUCAGUUAAAUUUGACAUGGAAACCAAAGUCCAGGCAGUUCAAACACAGGAGGAUAUGGAUGUGUUGAUUGGUUGGUUAUUCCAUGGUGUCUAGAGGUUGAAUCUGUUGCAAACUCUUACUCUCAAAGUUUUUGGUUUGUUUUGCAUGCUAAUGUAGGUUAGAUGGUGAAAUAUAUGACCUACUGAACAGUAUGAUGUUAAAGGUCUUAUUGUGUUACUGUGUUGACAUUUGAAGGUUAGCAUUCAGCCUCGCAGCGUGUCUGCAGGCUCACAGUCACACAUUGUGUUUGAUGGCAUGGUCCGGUCUUGAUGCUGUCUCACUGACUUGAGUAAUCAAAUCCACUAGGCCACGAGACAUGUCUCAGCGGGACUGCAAAAAUCAAUUAGUCCAUCAGGUAAAAUUGGAUUAAUUAACCUGAGAGUUAGGAUCAAUUGCAUCAUCCAUCUCCUGCUGAGAGAGGCUCCCUGAGGCCACUAAACGUAGGGCACACAGAUUUUCCCCUGGGACUGAAGCCGGAGGUGAGAGGCUGACCGGGAAGUCCCCCAUGAGGGAAGAAGACGGAGAAAAAAAUAAAAUCUCAUUAUCUAUGAGCUAAGCAACUGAAAAUGCUUAUCCGGUUGAGAGAGGAAAGAAGCAACCCUUUGUCUUUUGUCCCCACUGUUCAAGUGUGACUUCCUUCCAGGAUCUCAUGGCGCAGAAGCCAGAGAGUGCAUGGCAACUAAUCCUUGUUUACACACACAACCAAAGGGAGAUGAGAGGAGAUCAGAGGGAUGAGAUCCAAUGAGAGGUCACCAGUUUGUACAGUUGAUACAGACAGUAAAAUGUAGUGAUAAAUAGAUUAUGAUGUCCAUUUAUGUUAAGUUAAAUCAAACGUGUUUACUCGCAAAUUGGCAUAUUAUUGGUUUGUUUACUUGUUUAUAAUCCUUGAAUUUCUUAUAAUAUUCUCUAAGGUAUCAGUAAUGGUGGGUUCUUAACCAUCACAAGCUAUUCCUUAAGGGGCCUUUACCUUGAAAAUCCACACAUUUUUUCAUAAUGGUGUCUAAUCUGCCAAUUAUUAACUGUUCCAUAAAUUACACGGUCAUGUUUAAACAUAAAGAUGGUUUACAGUCCUUUCUGGAUGUAUCUUGACCUUGCACACCCUCACUUUUGGCCAUGCUGUUGCUUAGAUUAGACUGUUUGGUCAUGCUGUCUGUAUCUAAUUAGCAAGCUGCUGGAGAGCUUGUUCCGCCUUGCUGCACUCUCUCUGUAAUGAACUGUGUGCAGAAUGAGCUCUGCAUCUCAAACUCGUAACUGAUGUCCUUGCAUAUUGCCACCAUAUGUGAAAACGCUGCUUUUGUAAACACUCUAUGCCAUGCGCUAAGGAGGAAAUGCACUAGGUGCAGCCAUCUGUUUCCGAACCUCAGGGUGUGCGCGAUUGUUUGUUGGUUCUUGAUUGUUGAGGCAAAAAGAGGAUUUAUUUUGAGAGAAUACAAGUCUGUGUUUAUUCUGGAAAUGACUGACAUCUGACAAGGAUAAGACCCUCCCAUGUUGGUUUUUCUCAAAAUGCCUCUUCCUUGUCAUUAUUUCUAGAUAAAAGUGUUGAGGAUGGGGACAGAACAAGGUGGUGGACUCAGGUAGACAACAAUAACCUUAAAAUUGGGGACCAUACGCUGCAAAAAAGAGAGAGACAACACAACCGCCUCCUAAAAGUGAAGCAAAGAUGAUUACAGUUUUGUAUUUAGUCCAAAAACCCUGCCUCCUCCAUGUAAACAGAUCAGACAUGGUUCAUGCUUCAAAAUCAAAAUAUGUGUCAGUGUUUUCUUUGUGUGUUUUGGUUUAUUUUUUAUCAUGCUGUUUGUUUUUUCAAGUCUGAGGUUAUUUUAAUCAAUUAUUUGGCUUUAUAAGAGGAGAUAUAAGGUCAUGAUCGACAGCUUUGUUGACAAAUGCAGCUCCUGCAAAACUGUGCAUCAGAAUUAGCAGGAGAAAACCUAACAAACAUUAAUAUGAGAGUCAUUGUACUGGUUAAAAUCAUGAGUGCCUGCUUCAAACUGACUCAGGGGGCUGUUUUCUGUACUUACCUUAAGGGUCUUGCAGUUUUAUCAUCAAGUUUAUUAGGUGUUUUGGUAAGCAGUUACAAUGGGCGGAUUACUUUAGAGCAUAUCUUGGCAGUGAAAUACAUCACCAUCGCAACAUGUCAGCAUUCAUUGUGUGAGGUAUUUAGCAUUCGCUGCAAUGGGAGGAGGUGUAGCCGUGUCAUCCAUCUCAGUAUACAGUCAAUAUAAGUGGCUGAAUGAAACCUUAACAGCUUUUUGUGAUCAGGAUCUUUAGAAGAAAUGAGAUUUGUUUGAAAAUAUUUUGUAAACGCUGAAAUCAAUCACAGUCGAUCAGCUGCGUCCCAAAACAAACACAUUCUUCAUGAUAAAUGGGAUUAAUGACAAAACACUUGAAAUCUAUUGGCCCUCUCAUUGACCCCUGAAGGGUUUCCAAUUUGUGAUGGAAACAGACAAAGUUAAUGAGUUGAUUUGACCUUCGAUGACCUCUCAAAGUUAAGUCAGGGUGGAAUGCACUUUGUGUCAUCGGGACAAGUGGAGCCAAAGCGGUGCCAUGGUGUCUUUGACAAAGUGACUUUGUUCUUAAUGGGCCUCUUUUGUUUGUGCUUCUCUCACUAGGUGUACCUCAUCAACGUCACAUACUCAGACUCCACUUCUCAUGUCAUCUACAGGAGAUACAGCAAAUUCUUUGACCUACAGGUAUGUUAUACUGGUAAAUUAUCUCACUUUCUCCAGGCACUUCUCGCACAACAGCUUCAGCUUAAGAAUCUUUAAAUAAUGUAUUUGAAAUAUGUCUUCCUCAUGUGAAUCCCGUGAAGUCAGUUCAACCUUUAGGUCACAUCUUUCUGUUCAACUGCUGUAAGAAAGGUCUCUUCAAAAGGUCUUGUUUAAGUCGACUGAGCCUGUUUUUCGAAAAAAGGGAAAUAGGGGAAAUCCAGUCAGCAGAUGCAGGAAGAAAACAUGACCUCAGCCUGUAUGUAGAAUACAGCAUGAGGCAAAGUCAAACCUUUGGAUUGUUCUAGGAUAUCUUUCAGCCUGGAGUCAAAUCUCUGCAUUUUUAACCCUGACUUGAAUUUUAUUUGAACUGCACAGUGCUGAAGUAUGCAUACUUAAGUUUGUUUGAAAGUAGGGCUGCGCAGUAACCUCCAAACUCAUUUGUAUCUCAAUGUGAGUAUUGGCACAAACUGCAAGCUAUGACCUUCAUGCACCACUUAAUAUGCAUUUAUUUAUCACACUUCCUGCCAUAGUUUAAUAGUUAACAAUGUAAUCAAUGUAAGACAGUGUCGUUUUCUCAUCAUAUCCAGCAGGCCUGUUUGAGAGACACAUUAAAACAUCUAUGCUGUCGAGACAAGAGUGAGAGGGGUUUAAAUCUAAAUGAGAGUACUCCAAAUCCAGAAUGUUCCUUGUAAAAAAUCCUUGUGAUAACUAUUUCUUUUACAAGCCUGCACUACAGCGCUGUGGCUCUUGUGGGCUGGAUGUAUUGAAGGCAGCAGAGGAAACCCUUUGUUCUCAGGUCUCAUGCUUAAAAGCCAGGAAAAUUCUGCCCUGGUCUACUUGAUGGAAACAGAGCUUCUCUCCUGUCAAAGCUCUGUCUCUGUAAACAUUAGUCUUGUCCGUAGAUCCCGGCUGCCUGGGUGUGUUUGUCUGGCCACGGUAAUCCGUGAAGAACAACAGUCUGCAGCUGUCCAUACAAAAUGGGUGGGGAAGUUUUUUUUAAUAUAUGAACACAAUCCUAUAGGUGGAAGAUUGACUGUCAAGAGUGGAACAACGGUAGUUACGGACAAUUUAUGGUUAGUAAUGGAUUGAGGAUUUUGGAAGUAGCUGAAUUAUAUUCUCACUUGAGCAAGAGAGUAGGGCAGAAAGAAAUCGUAGUUUAUCUGCGCUAACAUUUUAACCUGUAAGGUUACAGUGGGCUUUAAAGAAGAAGGAUGUGGAUUAGGGAAUCCAAGGACCAAUCCCAUAAUGCAUUAGAUGAAAUGAAGAGGAAGCUGUGGUCAGGAAAGGGUUGGGGGUUGGGCAGUUUGAGCCUUUGGAUGUAAAGACUGACAGAGGAUACCUUCCCUCUGAUGUUCAGAUAAGAAAGCAAUUAAACUGUCAUGUAACUCAUUGUGCUGUAUAUGCAUGUAUAAAGCAUCAUUGGAUCCCUUGAAAAGUGUCAUAUUUGUUGAAGAUUUUAUGAUUAUCAAUUGCUUCUUUCGCCUGUUUUGAGAUAAUCGUCUUUUUUCAAGCAGGAACUGUGAUUUGUUUGUGUCUCUGCCAUCAGACACCUACAAACAUCCUCCAUCUCUCUACUGUUCUCUGUCUUCCUUACACAAUAGCUUGUUUUAUGCUCACCAGAAGCUGACAGGAAAAAAAAUGCGUUUUACACCCUUGGACUGACAAAUGUGACCAUGAUCUCAUCUGAAAACUAUUAAUUGAGAAUUCAGAAAAGCCAAGUUGGGUUAAAGAACAAGAAACGCCUUUUAAGCAGUGGCCUAUCAUCCAUUUCAUGUCCAUUAUCCCGCCUGCAUCGUACAGCUGGUCAUAUAAAACCCACUCGUCAACAACAGCCCAGUCGCUGCUGUUUGUCUUUUUAAAAUGAAGCAUCCAUUUCUGUUGUCAGAUGGAUGUCCAAAAGUGCACUUACAGCUAAUGUUUCAAAGCUUUCAGCACACUAAACAUAACUCAUAACUGCUCCUCUGGGAAGCAACAGUCAUAAAUUAUCCACAUCUCUGCUCCUCUUUAUCUGUUUCUCUCUUGACAUCUUUUCUGCUGACUUUAAGUGAAGGCGAUCUUUGUAACACGUAUGCAGAGUUAAGCACAUUCACUCCUUAUUUUUAAAGACCUUUGUUUAAACGGGGGAUACUGCUGAGUCUCAACUGUUUCUGGUGUCAGAGGCGAAUGUUUUUGAGCCGCACAUGUUUGACGUGAGCAGAAAUGGUCAGUGUGUCAAACCAAGUUUACUGUCUGUGAGUAGUGAGUGAACCCCGCCUCCCUCUCUCCCUUCCUCCACACCCUCAAACCACAGUGGACAGAGUUCAGCAUUCCUCGGGGGGAUUGUGGAGUGUGCAAGCUGUCCUGGUUUCCUUUUGGAAAGAAACCUCUACAGAUUCCCUGAGUCAACAUUUUUUGGAUUGGGGAAUUGGAUUGGGGUCAGCUCCAUCCUGCCUGUGUUGUAAUUUGUCUGACCCACAAAACACUGACAUAAGAUAGGACUUCAACAAGGGUAUAUCUGUAAAUAAGACCAAAUCACUGUUUUGGGGAUGUGCCAUAGAACUAGUGUGAAUAGACCUUUUUAAGACUCAAUGUAGCAAAAAAAGAGUAUUUUUUUCCAGGGAGGACAAAGUGGUUUAUCUUCUCUCUUUGGUGAUUUAGUUUCUUCACAUUUAUUAGUGGUGUUUCUUUCUUUCUUUAAAUGUCAUGCAUUUAUUUCAUUGUAGAACUUUGCCUUGGAAAAUAUAAAAAAAAAGUUGUGUCAGUGGUGUGCAGUUAGGGCUUGGCGAUAAAACAAUAAUGAUAUAUAUCAAAAAUGAAUUCCCUCGAUAUCGAUAUGACACAUGGUCAGUAUGCUUUUCGAUAGCUGUCAUUCUGCCAUGUUUUGGUAGACGAUGUGAACAGCCAAUGAAAAGAGGAUGUGCUCCGGGUCUGUGCCGUGUUGAACCGUCCAUUCAGUCUGCUUUCUCAAGCGAAUGCUGGACGACAAAACGUCAAAGAGACACAAAGACCUCACAGAUGCAGUAGCUUAUUGUAUUGCAAAAGACAUGCUACCAAUAAGCACUGUUAAAUUUCAUUUAAGAUUAACCGGGAACAUUUAAGAUUGACAAGUGAUAUCGUGAUAUAUAUUGUUAUUGACUGAUAUGAAAAAAAUAUACUGAUAAACUCUCUCCCAUAUUGCCCAGCCGUACAUGAAGUAUAUCACUUUGACUGACACCUACCCCUUAGCAGCAGUUUCAUGCAUUGAAAAUCAACACAUAGAAAUGUUCAAUGUUGUUAAUGAAGGUCUUGUUGACAGAGGGAUCAGUUUUAGAUUCAGACGGUUAAAUAAUCCAUCAAAAAUUCCUCAGAGGAGCUUUAAAUCAGUGAAGCAGAUUCAUGGUUCAAUUUAUCCACGGGCUGUAUAAUAAAUGGACAUUGACCCUUAGCCUCGUUGUGGAUAGCUACAGUGUGCCCGCCUGUCAGUCAAGUCAGGCCUGUAUAUGUGAUUCUCUUAGUCAUUGAACACUCGAUGGUAAGACAGUUGCUCAUGGAGACUAGCAGUCCAAAGUUUCAAACACUUCGAAAGUUGGAGUAACAAGAAAUGUUACUUGUCUCUUAUAAUAACUGUGCAACUUUGAAACAUGCACGUUAUAUCAGAGACCAUUUUUUGACCGAGGGAGCUGCUGCCGCAUAAUCUCUCUGCAGUAAACAACUUGUCAAGUAAAUGUCAAAACACAAGCGAGAGACGGGAUCAGAUUGUUGUCCCACUCAAACAUUCCUCUACACUCCCUCUGUCUGAGAUUCCUCCCAGAACAGAGCCUUUGUCUAGCUGCACAGUGCAGUGUCUCUUUGUCUGUUCGUCUCUACCCACUCCUGUGAGUGCAAUUAAGUUUAAAUGCCUCCAAUGAUUGUCAUUACAGUGUACAGGAGCUGUUUGGGUUCCUCCUGUCGCCAUAAUUCAGGUCUGCGAUGUCAUAAUGCCUAAACAGAGAUAUGUUUGAGGAUUGAGUGUUUAUUGCACUUUUCUCCUGAGCAUUUAUUCUCGACCCCUGAUUAGCGGGUUCGUAGAGGGCCUGGAAAACCUGAUUACAUCAUAGCACCUGUUGCUACAUGGACGUGUUUGUUUCCCCAGUGGAAACACUUGGCUGACUCUAGUGUUGGAGUAUCCUGCGCAGACUUUGAGCAGUAUAGAGUAAAUACAGCAGCUUGGGUCCCUAAAGCCUUAAAACUUAAUGUGUAUGAAACGUGAGAAAUGUUUUCACAUCAAAUUUUGUUCCAAGUUAUCCAGCUGUUGCCAUAGAAACAGCUUUCCCACCGGUCCUAAGUGUAUUCAGACAGGUCUCCAGGGGUUGAUGUCAUCAUCGCUUCCAGGCGUGGAGCCUCUCCCUCAACCGUGGUUGUUUCUAAAGGUGAUGAGUGAACGCUCCCACAUUAAAGGGAGUUUUCAGCUGCAUCCAGCUGUUCAGCUGAUAACAUGAUGAGUGUGCAGCUUGUGUGUCAGAUGAACAACACUGCUCCUGCUGUGCCACACAGUAUUGUACUGCUACAGUGUUCGAAAGAAAAACCAGACAAACCUGGUUUAUAGGCAUGUUUGAUGUUGUUACAUUUAGAAGCAGAAAACUAUGUGUUUUGCAUGUUUGGGAGCAGGUGUGGUUAACCAGGGCUGCUCUUUAUACUCGGCUAUUUUAUUUCACCCUUCCACCACAAUAAUAAAGGCUGUUCCCAUCAAAAGAAACCAUUUCUUUUCUGCUAAAUUUCUCCCAGGGCAGGGCACUCCCCCCUCCUCUGAAAUAAAGACGGCUAAGGCAGAAAACUGAUGAGCGCAGAAAAGAGAACCACAAGAGGAGGAAACCAAACCACCUCUUAGUGGAGAAGUCCUACAAACAACUCCUGCAGACCCAGACAGAGUGGACCCAGUGCUCCCCUUCAGCCCCGAUUCUGUUUGUCCACCUGGUUGAUUUUGGCGAGGUUUAAACCAAGACUAGUCUCCUGGUCUCCUCCUCCCAAUCAAGUGUGCUUUAGCUUGACGUUCACAGUCUUUGCUGUUCAGCAGAGCACAUCUGGAAUGAGGCAAGGCUGAGUGAGCAAAGGCAAGGCUUCAUCUGGGUUUGGAACUCAGCUCUGACUGCAGGAUGCAAGUUUUACUUUUCGUGAUUAUUCAAAACGGAAACUAGAAACUCUUGCAUGUGAUUCGGACACCCAGCCAGCACAUUUUGCAAUGCAGCUUUUCCACUUAACCAAACAUGCUUGAACAUCAUGUACAAAGCAAUACAUGUUCCCUGUACUCACAAAUGGAUGGAUACUCAUAUAAAUGUAUUUGGGUAAACACUUGCUUGGAGCAGUUUCAAACUAAACACAAAGAGAGAUUGUUGUACACUGUCAUCAUUAAAGACUCGACACAGCAUGCUGUGUGUCUACUGUUUCAGUCACUUUAUCUCUGGGGUAGAUCGAGCCCGUAAAAGGCUCGCUGUAUCAAGUGUUGACAUCAAAGUGUUAAUUAUCUACUCUUUUUCAACCCCUAAAGUGGGACGAGCUUUUGAUUUUUUUCCCCAGACGAGUGUGGGUGAUGCUGCAACCUUUGUCUGAUGCCCCAUGGAUCAAAGGGAAAUUGUCUAUAGUUGCACAACACAGUAGCUUUUCAGAUGAAGUAAUUACACCCCCGCGUUGAACUCACGUACCAUAACAGGGAGGUCAACUGAUCAAGGAGAGUGUGUGACCAUUUUUUUUUUUUUUUUGCGUCUGUUUUCAUCUCAGAUUCCCUCUCUUUCAACUUUAGCUGAUAAACUUGUGGUAGAUAACAGAAGCUUCAUGUGGUCUAACUGUUAAAGGGUUGAGAUUUAAUCACAGCUCUUUGUAGCUGAGAAGGCAUGUUGUUGGUUUUGUUUGUCUCUCUCUCUUAACUUUUUCUUUUUAUUUUGUUUUGCAGAUGCAAAUCCUUGACAAGUUCCCGAUUGAAGGAGGACAAAAAGACCCCAAGAAAAGGAUUAUCCCCUUUCUGCCAGGUGAUUAACAGAAUGUAUUAUAGCUGAUAUAUUUGUCACAUCAUCUCUGGAUUGACAGUGCCUUGAAAGAUAUUCACAUUAGGGGUGCACUGAUCACAAUUUUCUGGCCGAUCACCGAUCUUUGAAAAAGCUUGACCUGCCGAUACAACGUACACCUUCUAUGCUCCAAUCUUUUUUUAAUGAAAAACUUUGAACAAUACUUGUGAAACAAUACAAACUUUUUGUGUUUGUUCUAGCUGCACAUGAGGUAGUUCUCUCAAACUACUAAAUUAUAUCAGUUCCUUUCGUCUUUUAUUUUCAACAUUUUCAACAUGCUAAACAGAUCACACUGCAGGCCUGUUUUGAGCCUCUUACCAAAAUAAAGUGCACAGCAGUAUUUUGCUUUUACAAACAAAGGAUCACCAAUCCCCCAAAAUUGAGGAAAUCAGCGCUGAUCGAUCAUGUUUAAUUCACAUCCUUGCAAUUGUGUCCUCACUUCAGAGUAAUUGAAAAUACCAUUAGUUAGGAAGGCCUCAAAGUCAAAUUCAGUCCACAGCAUAUCAAAAGUAGUGGUCCGAUUCUGAGAGAGUAGGUUAGCAGAUGACCCAGUUUUUUCUCCCACCACCCCAGCUUCCUUUUUUAUGCUGUGCCAUAUUUACCGGCCUGCUCUGGUCUGUUUCCUGGGGGUCUUUGCUGCUGCUCUGCCUGCCUUGGAUUUUCAUGUAUGCACAAACAGAAAGGAGGUGUGCUCUCACUGCCUCAGAUUUUGGCACUCCACACACAAAUCUGUAAAGACAGGGAGCUCUCAGAACCAAAUAUAACCUGGUCCUGCUGCAUGAAAAUGUCUCUCAAAAGUGGUCCUGAAUAAAUUACAACUUAAUUUGAUCUCUUCAAUUGCUAGACUUAAAAAUAAACACAAACAGAGAACUCCUACCGCUACAGCUGAAACAAUUUACAGACAAAAUACUGACAUCUUGUCUGCCUUGACCAACAUUACACACUUGCUUGUUUUGUUCACAUGACAGUUCAUCUGAUAGCAGUGAGUUUUGAGGAGUCAUACCAAAUGACAUGUUUAAGGCACAUACUGAUACUCCUAUUAGUAUCAGGAAAACUUGAGCUACAAACAAGAAUUCAAAAGUAGUUUUUGGGGUUUGACUAAUAAACAAGCACAGUCCAAAAAGCAGAGAUCAGCUGCGUGCACAAGUAAUCCUGCAGGAAAUUGUUUGCACAUGAUCUUGGUUAUGGUUUUUCCGGCAUUGCGCUCAAAGGUUUUCAUAUUUUAAAAUGUCAGAUGUUUACAUACCUUGUCAUACCCUCACCAGCCACAUCAAAAUAAUGGACUAUUUUGUGUUGGUGUAUUAUAUGACCAUCCAGAAUAAUCCAAGGAUACUGUUUUCAAUAACCAUAUACACGCAAGCUAAAGAGAGGCCCCCAGACAUUUUCCUGCACGGCCAAUGUUUGUAUUCUUCAAGAUACUCCAUAGUAUGGCCUACCACACUGCAUCGUUUGAUUAACUGCCAUACUCCUCCCAGGCUGAAUCAAUUUGUGGUCUGCCAUGGCGGUAGGAGGCCAGCAGAGAGGGAUUUUUCUAAUCUGAUAAAGUCAUUGUGGGUAGAAGCAGAAGAGAGCAGUGAAGAGAUUCUUUGUAAGAUGGUCUGAACCGCUCAAGUCUGACCGUUGUCGUUUUGAUCUUCCUUUAAACUCAACAUGCGUAGAGUUAACUGUAUUUCCUUACACACAGCAAACAGCAGGCCGGAUUUUACUGUUCAGUGAGUCUUAGGCUGUUUGACACUGAGAUUAGCAGUCAAUCUCCUUAAAGUUUGAAAGUGGGCUUUAAAAGGGGGAAAGUGGCUCUUUAAAGCUGCUCUUAAUAAUUAAUAGAGUUAAAAAGGCUUUUGAGUACUGCUGUUUUUAGAAUCUGCGUCUGUUUUAUUAAUGCAUUUUAAACAUUUUUCUUGAGUACUCCAUGCUAAAUUAAGGGUAACACAAGUUCACUCCACAGUUUUGCUUCACACUGAUAACAUAUGAAUUGAUUAUUUGGUGAAUAGCACAGCGUGUAUCCUGAGAAACUAAACUAAAUACAUGUCUUGUUAUGAAAAGGGCUGAUUUGUGAAUACAGUGGAAAGGUACACACUGUAAAAAAGGCAAUAUUUAUCCCAUCUAUAAUGAGUUAUUUGACCAUUUUUAACUAGCUCUAUAAAAAUGUCUAAUGCUGUUAUUUUAGCACACUGAGUGAACUACUCAUCACUAGGGAGAAAAAAUCGAUACAGCAUAGUAUCGCAAUGUUUUGUCUGGUGAGAUAUCGUAUUGCCUCAUUUACCAAGUAUUAAUUUUUCAAUGUAAUUGCUAAUAUGAAGUCAAAUCUAUGAUAAUAGAAAAAUAAAUUUAGUUGUUUAUCGAGUGAGGUUGGCAGAGGUGAUUUCAUAGAGCAGGAGAAAGUUAGUACAACAAAUAUAGUUAAUUAGCUAAACAGUUGGAAAAAUUAUAUAAAUUGCGAUAUAUUGUAUCGCAAUACUCACUGUAUUGCAAAAUGUUAAAAAUCACAAUAAUCUCGUAUCGUGGCCCAAGUAUUGUGAUAAUAUUGUAUCGUUGGGCCACUGGUGAUUCCCAUUUAACAAAUAUUUGUUAAAGUCUCAAUGUGCUCAGCUAUAUUUGUUAUUUAUAGUAGAUUUAAAUUGAUGUUUUUUGGAGAUGUGUAAAUCUAACUGAGCUCUGUUUCCCUUUAGGUAAAGUCUUGUUUCGCCGAAGUCACAUCAGAGAUGUUGCUGUAAGGAGGCUGAAGCACCUGGAUAAUUACUGCAAAGUAAGACAAAAGCAGCUCAGUUAAAGUGUCUCCCUAUUAUAUUUUAUUCACAACAUCUGCUGUUGCUCGAUUACACAAUAUGACCCAUCAGGACUUCUCAUUUCCAGCUCAUGUGUUGGGUGAAACAGCAUUCAAUCCUCGUCCGUGCUCUCUACUCACUGAACAUUUGCCACAGUGUUUCCAUGGCAGGCUUGGCCAUUUAUCUCCCCCCACCAGCCUCAACAGGAAGGCAACAGCUCUAUCUGCCUUGGUCAUUUCCCGUCACCAAUGUAAAUAGGCAGCUUAUAAAGGAAGUGGGGGAAACGGGUGCACCCAUGGGUAAAGCUGGAGUGAAGGAAUACGAAUGAAUCAGCAGAGUUGAAGUGUAGUAGUGAGUGCAGCUGGCUACCUGACCCUCUUACAUUCAUUAGGUCAGUGACGGGAAUGUAGGGCAGGUGCGUUGCCAAGUGUGGCAGCAGUUUUUCAUUUAGAGGAACAACAGGAGAUUUUCUGAGAAAGCAAGGAGCUUAAAGAGGACGGUAGUAGACUCUUUUUUUUAAUAACCCUCUUAUUAGGAUGACUUUUCUGAUUCAAGUGGUUGAAUCAUCUCAUUUUGAAAGUCUGUACUGCUGAGACAGGCGGAGACUCUACUACAUCACCUUUGCGUGUUUCCUUUUGUUUUAACCCUCACUGCGGACUCACAGGCUUCCUUCCCCUCCACACCCUCCACACCCUUUGCCUGGUCUUCUCAUCCUACUGACUGUGCAGUGACUAAGAGUUACAACUCGGUUACUCAUUGCCAUUUAAACCAAACUACAAGCAAGCUCUAAGGUAUAAUUUUAUUGCAGCACAACAUGAACACUUACUUGUCCCUCCCUUUUCUUUUCUUUUCUUUUCCACAGGCUCUGAUGAAGCUUCCCUCCCACAUUUCCCAAAGUGAAGAGGUCCUGCAGUUCUUUGAGACUAAGUUAGAGGACCUCAACCCUCCCUCAGAGUGAGUAACUAUCCCUGCAUUACAAAUCUGACCCAUCAUUUUGCAUUAGCGUCACCUCUGUCUUCAGAACAAACCCUCCCAGCAGGCUGUAAACAGAGGCUGCCGCAGUCGACUGUUUGUGUGGUUCUGCGGCUGGGAUGGAUGCCUUUCACCCGCACUGACCCGCCUUGAUCCAGAGGCUUUGCUGCGUCUCAUAGAUGAUUGAUGGAUGCGGGUUGAGAGCCACCAUGUUUUAUUAAUAAUGAUUUCUGGGAGGUGACACCUGAUCCCCAAAACAAAUGAGAAAGGAUCAGCGGUGUCAUGACUGCGCGGUUGAGUUCAAGUCUCAGAGCAGAUAAAGCUCAGAGCCCGGUGAUUUGUCAUACUCAGUUCAAAGCCAGAGUGGGAGUAAUCACAGACUCACUGCUGAAAUACUUUUUGUUUAGAGCCAAUCUGUCUUGAAGAUUAAUCUCCAAUAUGUGAUUGUAUUUCUCACAGACAGUGAUGCGAAUUGAACCUUAAAAAAAAGACCCUAGUGGGGAUUAAAAUCUUGAAUUGUCUCCCAGCUACUAACUUCUCUGACCCCUUCUGCCCAUACAUGUUAAUCCCACUUCAAAGUAAAAUCCUCCUCCAGUUUCUGACACAGGCAAGAGCAGCUUUAACUGAGAUGUGGAGGUCUAAAAGCCACCCAGGUGUUCGGUCUCUCCUGGAGAAUUUCAACCAGCUCAAAAUGACUUUUCAUGUCAUCUUUUUGUCUCACAAGUUUUCAGAGUCUGGGAAAACUGGGAUUUGAAAAUGUUCAGAGACAAUGAUGUUUUUUUUUUAUAUAAGGGCUAUGAAUAAAUCCUGGUGACAGCUCUAAAACCCUUGGUGGUGCUUUAUAAAGUGUGGUUGGCACUAAUUUUACACUAAGUGCUAUAGCAUGGGUUUGAAUGUAGGAUGGGCGCCAGUAAAUAAGAAUUAUUGUGACCUGUCUUGGCGUUCUUUCAUAAUAAUAGGGAGGAUAAAACAGCAGUUUUUUGUUUCUGCUGGAUGCUAUAGAGAUUUCCACAGAUUUAAGGCAAAUGGUAAAUGGUAAAUGAGCAAAACAGAAGUCUUUCUUGUAGUGACAGAGUCUUUGUUGUCCCUGGUGCCUAAACUGCAUGGACAUGUGCUGUAAAAGGCAGUUCAGCUCAAACUAAUUAAUUAAAACUGUUUCUAUAAAGAUAAUUAUUAUGAAAACAGUCACACUGGGAACAUUUUCUCCAUUAUGAAAGAAGAUUUAAUGCUGUUUAACUUGUGUUUCUGCCAGUAAUCAGUCAUUGAAAGCUUUAACAGUAUGCCAGGAAAGUGUAUGUUCAGCUCUCAUCUGCUACCGCCAUCUGAUGGACAUGAGCUGUCACUGCACGGGUUAGAAAUUAAAAAAGAAAAAGUAAUGGAUGUGACAUCACUUCAUCACAAGGGGGAGACAUACAAAAGGCUGAAAGAUGAUACCACUGUGAGACAGAGGUUUGAGGGAGAAGAUGCCUCUCUUUGGGUUUGUGAUGUAAAAAAAAAAAAAGUGGGGUUAAAUCAUGAGCACGAUGAGCAAAAACACACUUUUUAUGUGAUCAGACAAGAGAGUCACUAAAUAUUCAUUGGUUACCUGAUUGUUCGACCUGAUUUUGAAAGGCUUAUAAAAAAUUCUGCUGAUAAUGUGAAGAGUUUUAAUUUUUAAACCAAAUAUUUCACCAUACAUAGGAACGUUUGGAGAAAACUUAGAGACAAAUUAAGAGAAAGUAGACAUUUUAAUACUUUGACAAAAAGGAAACAUGUUUUUCAUAAACUCAUAUCUUGAGGUUCUCAUCAGCACCUAAAAUGACUGUUUAUGAAAGAGUGCACUCUGAGAAUAUUUAAUUAUACAGUUAAGACGUCCAUUAUGAUAAUGAAUGCCACUGGCUAGGUUUAAAAUUAAAAUAUCAAGUUUUAGUCAUCAAUCAUGACUUCAUCGCUGCAGCUUUAGUUUGAUAGUUAUGCAGAUCUAAAACUGAGUUUUAGUGUUGUUGUUACACGAUGAGGUGAUUGAUAUUCCAGUUAGCUUUAAGGCAUUUUACUAACACGUGAUUUUACUGCCGUGUCUGCGAUGUUGCUUCUGUCUGCACCUUUCUGAAGAGGUCGGCUAAUAAGUUUUACUGUAUUAAUCCCUGUGGGGGAUGUAUAUCGUCUGCAUUAACACAACCCAGCUAUUAGAGAAGUGUGUGUCAUAGAUUAGUGUCUGGAGUCUGUCUGCAGCUCUGAGGCCAGGAGACCCGGUCAGAGGUAGUUGCUCAAUAAUGAAUAAUUCCAGUAAACAUGUGCAUUUAAUAGUCCUCUCAGUUUUUUUAUGAGGUCGGGUUGAUCUUAAUGUUCCCUUUUUUUGUGUAUAUCCUCUCAACUCCAGGAGACUAAAACUUGGAUUUCUAAGGUGUAAUCCAGGGAGUCUUGAGUUUUUGGGACACAUCAGGGAGUGUAACUGAUAAAGCUGAACACACAUUAAUCAAAUAUUUAGGCCUCAAGCCAAAGGAGAAAGUUUAGAUCUUCAGGCAGCUGGGAUUGAUCAUAUUUAUCAAAUUCAAUUAAAAUCACUGAACUGUACAAAGUAAUGGUUAAUCACCAAUUUUAUCUUGUCAGUGUCAUUUGCUCAUCUGGAUAUUAGUGCAUAUUAUCAGCUGUUUAUUACACACUGCUAAAGUUGGUGUGUGAAGCUUAGAGCUCCCGUGAGGAACUCUUGGUCUGCGUCAGUUUUGGUCCCCUGUGGAUAAAGCGAUAUUUGCUUAUCUUGUCCUCCACAUUCUUGAGUUGUAAAAAUCUCUUGUUUAAAUGUCACUGACUUUCGACAAACUAUAAUUUAUUGUGAAUAUUUCAUGUGGAAAUUGUCCAGACAGAGCUAUUUCUUCAGUCCCUCCUGACACCUCCAUCUUGGUACUGCUUUGAAGCAUUUUGGGGUUAACCCUAACUACCGCCAAUUUAGUCACUGAUGGUCUUAUUUGCUUUUGGAUACCAUAAAAAUACGAGCUUUAGGUUCUCCUAUAGAUAGGGGAAGAUUUUUCAUGAAUCAUUGAUGUUAGUAGUAGGUUUCUAGUCUCUUUCUUUAGUUUCUCAUAUCUUAAACUCCAGAUUCAGCCAGAUUAAGAGAGUUAGAUUAUGGUGUGAUUUCUCAUGGGUUUUUUUCUCAUGGAAACAUUUAUGUCACAUGUCACAUGAAAACAAGUCUACCUCUGAUGAGGCCCUUAAAGUCCACCCUUCCCAAUGACUCGAACCUCACAUGGCCCUGAUGAAGGUUUUCCCUUUCGUAAGAGGUGUAUUUUCUGGAACCAAAGGAUUUGAAAAAGAGUCUAAAAGAGGUCUAAUAGAUGUCAAAAUGUGUCCUAGCCGACUGGUCUAAAAUCAGGCUACCACAGGUCUAAAAAUGAAAGUUUAGACCAAGUCUAAAUCUGGGCUAUAUCUAUACUACACUGUAUGUUGCUCAAGGGCUAUCAUAAUUAUUUUGGUUGAGUACUUGGAGAUCAGUUAUGCAACUCACAGUUGCUUUCUGAAACAUAUAGUCGAAUAAUGGGUUAAAGUGCAAUGUCUCAAUUCCAUCUAAAAAUAUAUAGAAUCUAGAUGGUUGAAAUUAGGUCUAAAAAAAACAAACUAGAUGUCUUAUAGCCAUCUGUUGCUCAGUGGGGUGUGUGUAGCUUAAAGUCCCUGCGAGAAACUCUUGAUUUUGACAACUUUGGUCCCCCUGCUGGUGAAAAAUCAGAAUCGGUCGACCUCUAAACAUGACUGGAUUUACAAAAAAAGUGAUGUUGCAUUGAGAACCCAUGCAGCUUAAAACAGAGAAGAAGAAAAAAAAUACAUGAUUUAUGAAUUUAGAGAUCCUAAUUUCAUUUUACUCCGUUCAGUUGGUGAAAGACUUGUUCUGCUGCCUGUGGAAAAAUCAUGUCGAAGAUUUAUGACAUUAUUUCCUCACUUAAUGAAGGGACAGGGCGUUUGAUCAUGUACUGUUCCCUCUAAAAGACAUCAAUCAUUAAAUUAAAACUUAAAAAUGUAAAUUAAAUAUUCAAGGUUGUUGAAUAGAACUGUGUAGCUCUUAUAAAGAUGCAGAGGCUGUUUCUUUUAAAACUGCUAGAAGCAAUUUGAUCUGUGACAACAUUAUAAAGAACAUCAUUACGAAGAAAAGUCUCAGUUUUAAGGUGACAUUAGAAAACGUGAUUCGAAUAGAGUCUAUUAUCAAAAAGUACUUCUGAGGAUAUGCAAACAUUAUAAUGCCUGCCAUCAUAGGUGUGUAGACGGACACAUAAAUUAAAUAAUGACUUUGGAGGACAUCCAGAUUUCUCUCCUUGGAGAUGUAGUCUCAGUCAUAAUCUUAAAACUUAAACACUUUACCUUGUGGGAGCUCACUUUCUGUCACAUAAUGGCGGGUGAUAAAAAAAAAAAACAUCUGGAAUGUGUAGAUACUACAUUUUAAUACAACUACACAAUUAUGCAUAUUAUUUAUAUGAGAGAUAGUAAAAUUGUUUUAGAGGCUUUUCUUUCCAGCCUUCCAGCUUAAUUUUCCAUCAGUGUUUGGCCACAGGGGAGGUUAUAAGUGUUGUUUUGUGAUCAAGCUAACAAUCUUUCACCCUGACAUCAUUGUGUAAUCAUGACCAAACUUUGCUGGAAGUGCCUGCAUGCUGGAGCUGAGUGUGUUUUUUCUUUGUGAGGGUUUGAGUAAGCAUUAUUUUCAUUUCAUAUGGAUUUAAAACAAAAACGGCUACUGCUUUUCUUUCUGCAUACUAACCGGCCUUAUGCUCUAUUAAAAUGAUUUCCUGUUCGUUGACGUGGACCUCCUGACCCCCCUGAGCUGGAGGUUCCUCCUGCAGAGGUUAAUCUCAGGUCAGACGGGAGUGUCUGCGCAGUGUAUACUUGCAGCAGGGCAGACACUUCAGUCCUUCGGCCUGGCUGAGAAAUGUGAGCGAAGGACUGAUGUCUCACACAUUCCAUCUCUAAUAGGCCCACCUACAAAGAGUGAGCUGCAGCUAUGUGCAAACAGAUGGUUAUUCUCACAGGCUCAGAGCUUUUAUGAUGUGUUCAGCCCAUGCAGUUUGUGCUAGCUCCAUAUUUUGUAUAUGCAUCUCUUUGGGAAUUAGAACCCAAACUGCGUGAAUUGUGAAGAUUAACCUCUAAUUUGUGUAAUUAAUUUUAAAUUUACUCCCAAAACUGCAGGUGGAACGCAUUCAGUUGUGUUCAAUGUCAUUACCUCCACCUAAUCUGUAAGAUUUUUGGAGGACAUGGCCGGAGUUUUGUGCUCAGGCUCCUCCAGGGAAGAGUUUAUUCCAGCUCUGUGCUCUGGGUCACAAGCGAGCAGGGCAGGUCAAGCAUCUACUUCAUCCCCGUCAUUUCUCUCCAACUCUCCACAGUGCUUUUCUCACGUUGAUACCUCCACCCUAACAGAAUGUGACAAAAUAAAUGUUCCACAAACUACUUGGAGAAAUUCUCACAUGCAUCUUUGAUUUCCCCUCACCCUGACUCGAUGUGAACAGAGUUAAAAACCAUUAGCAUACACAAACUGUGGUUUAAUGGCAAGUUUAUGCUACAUUACCUAAAGAACUCAGCCUGCUCGCUUUUGCAUCCCAAGAAUCUGUGAACUGUUCACACAGCAUAUGAUAUGUUUUGACUCUUCAAAUCUAAAACUCACAUAUUUGGUUUUCUCUCAUAAAGUUGUGAAUUUAAAGUUGAUACUUUAUUCACCGUCUGCUCAGCCUUCAUUAUUUUUUUAAUCAGCUACAACACUGUUUGUGUUGGAUUGCCACAAAUGUUUAACAUUAUUGUGUUUUCUCCUCCUCGUUUCAUAUAUGAAAGUUAUGAAAUUCAUAUUGGGCUUCAAAUUGUUUUCCCACAGUGAGAGCAUUGCUUCAAGAUCCAAUAUAAAUGUUGUUUUUACGUUCUUACAGUCCAAUCUAAAAGUGCAAUUACAGUUGAAUUUAUUGUUUUAUUUCAACAUUAAGUAUAUCAUUUUGGCUUUUAAUUAAGCUGAACUAAGCUGAACUAAGCUUUAAGUUAGGACAUCUGUGAUUGGAAAUGUCUCAUAGCUCGUUUUUUGGUCAAGCAUCUGGAAACAGAGGAGAUCUUGUGCCAAAAGUGACUUUAUCCUAAGUAACAAAGGAAUACAGUUAUUGUUAAAAAAUGUUUUGAUUAAGCAAGAAUUGUUGCAGUUUGAACUGAGUUAUAAUGUCUGCCAGACACUGAGUAAUCUUGAUUUUAUACUGUCAAUGUCAUUAUACAUUUUUAUUGUUGUUUUAAAGUACAUCUAAAUGCGAAACAUCUUCUCUUUUGCUGUAGUGCACAUAAAUCCACUUCAGAAAUGGCACAACAUUUGAAUUUCAUGUCAUAAUUACUUAAAGAGUGAAAGUCAACGAAGAGGGUGUAAGCUGGCAAAUGUUGGACAAGGUUUAUCCAAACAUCUACUCAUAUCCAUAACUGGCUCCAGUCCUGCUGCUGGCCUCUCUGGAGAGCCAGGUGUCUGUUCACAUCUGUGUCAAACUCUCUCUCUCUCUCUCUCUCUCUCUCUCUCUCUCUCUCUCUCUCUCUCUCUCUCUUUCUCUCUCUCUCUCUCUCAGUUCUCUAGAUGACGACAUACAGUCAGCAUACACUCCCUGAAACGUGCAGCAUUAUAAAAAACACAAAACCACAUGCAGUGACAGGAAACAAAAUGUUACUGUUUUAAAGUGUUACUGCAUCGCUAUUAUGCAGAGAGACUGUAUCCAAAUAUAUUAAGUAAUUUUCUGCUAUAGUCCUCUGUCUUCACAGUGAGGUGAAUUAUUGUCACUUUACACUACUGUCAAUUAAUUUAGCAGAAAGUGAACAUAACAAAUCAGUAUGAUAUUGCUACUUUUUAUCAAUCAACCUCUGAAAAAACACAAAUAAGUGAAGCUAGAAAGGUACCACAGUAGGGGGCGAUAUCACUGUGUAACCCAUGAAACCAUACAUAAUACACUGGACAUGAUAGCAAUAAAGCCAAGAUAGUUCACUUUCAUAUUUUUUGAGUUUAAAUAACAUACAUUUGGUGCUGUAUGGUACAACAACUGUAGUGCACAAAUCAGGGCUGUUAUAUACUGUUUUUUACUUCAAGUCAUAGUUAAAGUAGUCCAAAAUAUCGGUGACAAAUGGUUAGCUCCUGCUUUAUAACAGCGAAAGUUAGCAUUCAAAAGUCUUGCUUACAUAAGCAUUUGCUUCCACUGCUUGAAGUUCAGACCCAAAACAUCUCCAACACCAAAAUCUCCUCUGACAUAUUCUGAUGAGAAUUUGGUAUAUUGAGCUUAUUUGGUACCUUAUAUGUCGAUAAAGUCAUUGUUGUACCUUGAAUUGUGGCACAUGUCCCUCUUGAUUUUCAGUCGGUCAGAUUCCUUUAGUUUAUAGGAUUUGCAAAUCUGGAACACAGCAUUGUACAUCAUUAUAACGGGUUAGCUUCCCCCCUUGAGUAAAGGAAAACAGCUGACAUAUGAAUACAGAGAAUUAUGUGAAGCAUCAUCAGUCAUGUACCCGCGUUACAUCAAAUGAAACAUGACCUUGGAAAUUGAACUGACAACAUUUUAAUAAACAAAUUAAAAUGUAUUUAUUCUGAGUUCACUGAACUAUUGGGUGUUUGUUUCUUUAAUUUCUGUCAUAUUAAAAUAACAGCUUAAUAUUUCAUCUGGAUGAAUAGAUCCAACAAAUAGAUUCACUAAUAUGCAAAUGAUCCACCCUCAACAGAAACAGGAAGCUCGCAGACAAACUCUACAGUAAAUUUAAACCCAUUCAGUGGCACAUAGCUGUUCGCUGACAAUGGUGAGCGGGAUCAUUGAUAGUAAAGCUUAUCCUUUUAGUGUUUUGUUACAGUCCAGACUUUAGAACAGACAUGCUUUUACAUCUUAACAUGAAUGGGACUCAUGAAGGGGGGACGAUACUGUUGUCGAGUAAAUCAGUGCUUGUUCUGUGAAACUGAGGCAGCUGUGGGACUCUAAUGUUCAAACAUCUGAGCACAUUCAAACACACUUGGAGUAUUUUUGCUCACAGAUCUGGUGAUUUGUUUCAUUAAUGUCCUUGACACACUUCCUUAUCCGUUUGUUGUAUCCCACCCUGUCCCCCCUACCCACUAUCCCCUCCCUCCCUGUGGUAGUGGGUCAAGUUCAGGGUACAUUCUCAGCGUGGGUUUGGCUGGUACUCAUGUGCCAACUUUAUUUUGGAUUGGUCCCGUAGUGAUUUGAGACUUUGACUACUAUCUGGAUUGAUCAAAUGGCAUUAAAGCUCUGACCUCUCCUAGAAACACACUCAUACUCACCAUGAUUUUCUGGUGUUGCUUCUUUUCCAGAGACUGCGGCGGAUCUGGCAAACGCAAGUCAGGUAAGAAUCAGCAACCUUUUCACCUUUUUGUAAAAAAUCUGUUGAGUCUUUGUUUUUAGAAUUAAUCUAAAAUAUCACAGUCUUGACAUCGAGGUGUUUUCACUUUGAAGUUUUAAUGAUUUUACUGUCUGAGGCUUGUUCAAAAAGUUGUUGUUUGAAGCCUUUUGUAGUCGCAUAAUGCCACAGCAACUAUUUUGACUUGCUUAUCAUUUUUCAAGCAUAAGUUAUCAAGAAAAUUACAGUUUCAGGCUGUUGAAAGGAAUAGAUUUUCCCUUCGUCUUUGUUUUACAACAUUUUACAAUCAAUAUCUUUUUAUUUUGGACUGUUGUUUAACGAAAAAACAAUUUGGCAGUGUUCCCUCAAGAGCUGAGGAAUACAGAGUGACUACUUUCAUAAAACCUGGCACAGGAUGAAAAAGAUAAUGUAUUUAAUUCCUCAUUAUUCGUCAAAACUCAUCAAUUUUGAGUAAAAAAUAAGUUACGCUACAUUGCUGUAGUGUUUUUCUGGAGAAUGGCUUCUUAAUACACUUAUCCUGACCUGUCAUGUGUACACUACAUUAAAAUUGCUCUGAACCGGAGCUGUCAGGACCGCAUGUUUGUACCUCUGUGUUCUGUACUUCCUCUGCCAGGUUUGGAUGUCGAAUUUAUAUUCAUGUAUGUGAGAGAGUGCACAGAAGACAGGAAGACUGAGUGACUCAGCUGAGCAUGGGGGAUACAGGCGUAGGAGGCAGCAGGAAAAGUAUGAGAGGAGUUCAGCGAACAGCUGUGCGAGUGUUGUGUAUUUGUGUGUGCGUGCAAUCUCAGAAUACCCACAUGCAUUACUAAAUGACACCUCAGUGCUGCAAUCAGAUGCAAAGCUGCUUUGGCCAUCCUUCCUGCAAUCUGCCACAGUUAUGUAUGACAUCGCUGGGCAAUAAAUGACCCAUAAGUUAAUUUUCUGUGGGCGAUCAACUCAGAGGAAAAGCUGUGCCGGAGUUGCCACAAAACGAAAUAAGACCCCUACCUAAUUUCAUUAUGCGCUCCAUGGUAUUGGGAGUUUACGUAACAAGGAAUUCCAGAUACAUAGCGAAAUGGAAAAGUGUUCCUUUUUCAGCUGUGAAUCUGUGUCUAGUAGCUUAAAUUCAGUCUGUGUAAGAUAUUAGAUUGAGGUCCAGCUAUAUUCAUAUCCACUGCCUGGAAAGUUUGUCAUAUAUGCCUGCUGCUUUUAUGCACACGUAUAGAGUCUGCAACCUGGAUGACUUAAAUAUUCAAUCAGACAUAUAGUCGUCAAAAUGUCUUUAUAAGUCUGUGCUUUCAAUGUGUCAUUUAAAGGGAUGAAGUCCACCAAUGCAAACAAUUAUCACACUAUUUAUGUUCAAUGCUUAUGAUGAUCUACGGUACGCUUUACAGUCAGCACAGAGCACAAACUGUACAAGCCCUCAUACUUGAUCUGUAAACCUUCCCUACGGUCCCCACGCUGGACAUUAGUGGUUAGGGCUGCUGAAAGAUUGAUCUUUCUCUUUCAGAGAGCCGGACAGCAGAUAAAGUGUUGUGGGAAUUUGUGCUGUAGCUGCAGCUUAUGGUUUCCAUAAUUACAUGGUACAAGUCUCUCCCAUAAGGGUACACUGAGCCCCUGCCCUAAGGAGAAUGUAGCCCUGCACCGCAAAACUGCUAACUGUGGUUAGAGGUAAUAAUGAGGAGCUCCGCUUACCUGGCAGGCAGGAGACAUCAGAUUACCUAUCAGUUCUGGUUUCAUCUUUAAUGAGGACAUGUCUCCUUUUUGUCUCAGUUUAACUUUGGUUCUUAGAGUUAUUUGUAAGAUAAAGGGAUGAAAGCCUGUGGAGGAAAGGUGAUUUUGUGUGGUUAAAUAUGUAGAGCUGCUUAUGUCAAGGCGAAGUAUAUGUGCAUAUUUGAAUACCUCAUACAGCCCUACUUUAAAAUACCUAAACUAUCUCUUUGAGGGUGGUGGCAUUUCGGCCUGUGUCUUUAUUAUCCCCCUUCAACUGUGGCUUCAACCUCAAAAGCCCAACAGUUUGAAGAUAAAGCAGCUUAAACCAAGGCCCAGUCUUCAUCAAGAUAAGGUUUAGACACAGACAUCUAAUAGAUUUGUCAGGACUGACUCCUGAUACUGGGCUCAUAAGCAUAAAUCACUGUCAGAUAACUUGGACCAAAUCCUCAGGAAACAUCUUUAUGACACGAUACUUCCAGGAUGAUGAAAUACAUAAUACUUUAUCCACACUCAGGAGAGAAAGACAAGCGAAACUGCUCGAUAGAUAAAGGAAAACAAUCUUAAAAUUCAAAUUAACUUAGAUUUUCCAAUAAGCUGUGCCUUACGUCGGGGGAUGUUCAUGAGAUUUAGAUCAUCAUCUAAGCAUUAGUGAUAAUCUGUAUUUAAAAAAGAAAGUGAGAUGAGACAGAUAGAAGUCUAGAAGAGGAGAAAAGAAACAAUCAGUGUAGUGCAUGUGAAAAGCAGCUGGAGAGGAGAGAUGGUUUACGUGGCAAGUGGAAACCAUUUCAGUGUUGUGCAUGGACUGAGGGAGUGUGUUUAUGUGUGCAGACUUGCUGUCUUUAUUUGAGCUGCGGGUCUCGGGGGGCCUGCAGGGUGUGUAUGUGUGCAUGAGGUUGUGUCUUAUGUGGGUGUUUCCGUGCCAUUUGAGGGUCUGUGUGAGCAUGCUUGUUUGGAGGAAAAGGGUUAAUGUGUUCGCAAGUAAGAGGGCGGGUGAGCUCAAGGGGUCCGUGUUUGUUUGUAUUUGUUGAUGGAUAAGAUUUUAAACUGGCAUAGGAAAUCAUUAAGGCAAAUGAGGACUUCCUAAUCACUUUAACAAGCGGACACUGUUUCAGCAGCGUCUUUUCAAUGAACAGCACCACUCCCCCCUCCUCCAGACCAGUGCACAAUGUCCCUUACAGAAGCUGCGAGUUUCAUUUUGUAGGUUGAAUCUAAAUGAAAAGAUCCAUUUGACCGGUAGAAGCUGUUCAAUUUCAUGGAUACUGCUUUUUAUUUUAGGGAUACACCUCGAACAUGAGCUGAGAAAUGUCAUUUUAUUUCCCCCAAGUUACCUCCGAGUCCUGUAGGAGAGAAGCUCUGCCCCCUCCUCCAGAUUAGUGCAGAUGCAGCACAGGCAGUUCUGUUUCUGAUAAGUGACCAUUUGUCAUGGUGGACUUCCACCCUGGAGGCAAAGCUUGAACUCUUGGCAAAAAACACAGUUUUGUAGCCAGGAAACAUUACGUAACUAUUCAAGUCAUAAAUGCUUGUUUGUAAUCUUGGAUGGUCUGCCUUUGAAAAUGGAUAAACGACGUUGUUGCUUGCAGUUUCUAUAUUCUGUGCAUAUGCAUUGAUAGGUGUUAAAGCUGUCGGGGUUUCUACUGGAAAACCUGAUGAAGUGAUGAAGUGGAGGACUGGUUUGAAGUCCCUCUUGCUUAAUUAGCACUCUGAUUCAGAGUUUUUGGAAACCUCUCAAUCAGCUACAUGCAGUGCAACAUAACUACUGAACUUUAAGGCACCCUGUGGAUUUACAAUGCAGAAAGGUUUUUACAAGAAGCUCCUUAUUUAAUGUGCAUGUGUGCAAAGUUGCUUAAGCACAUUCAAGCACAGCCCACGAUAAAACUCUCUGGAUUGUUUGUGCAUUUCUCUCAUUGACAGUUUGUGGCUGUAGCAACCAGGCCAGUAAAGCAGACGGAUCAAAAACAAACAUGCAUGUAAAAAAUUAGGGUUUCUUUAGAUCAUGACACUUACACUCCGGUCUUGACAUAUAAUACUAAGAGGAUUCGCAGAAAAGCAUCAGAAAGAUGCACAACAGUUUUUAACACCCUUGUGGAGUCCAUCUUAAGAGGAUUUUGAGGAAAGUUUCUCUAUUUGUUUGUGGUCUGCCCCUUCUCCCCCAGGGCCACAUACUGAUUCAAUGACAUGCACAUCUGUACAACAUUGAACAGCAGUCCUGUGUCCUUUUCUAAUCCAACUGAACAUCUGCUGCUGAUGAGCCAAACAAAGGCAUCUCACUCUGCCAAAUUUUACUCCUCUCAACCCAUUUCUUCUCCCAUUAAGUUACCCCGGGGUUGAAAAUAUGGCACUACAAGAUGUUCAGCCCUGUGCCAAAUAUGCUAUCAACAAAAAUGCUCAAUCAUGAAAAAUCCCUCACAAAGAAGAAUUCCUACGUUUGAACGGGUAGACACGGACUCCCUGGUUUCCUCCUCUUGGUGAUGAAUUAUUGCAGCAGUUCCUAACUGUCAUCAUCCUUGGAUGGAGCUGAUGAUGGGCGAGUGGGGCUGGGGGCGGGUGUUGGAUGGAGUUAGGACACUUGGGAGUACAAGGGUGGGAGCAGGAAGCUCAUGUAUAAAUCCGAGUGAGGAGAGAUAUAAACACAGAAAGUGGCUAAUAGGGCUAUCUGAGGGAAGCAAACGAUAAAAUACAGCUCUUUUCAAAACUGUAUGUACUUAAGAUCUAUACAGUGGUGUGACACAGACGUAAACCCACAUAUAUGCUGACACUACUGUGUUUACAGUUAUCAAGAACUAAAGUACCCCUACAUGAACGCCACCCACUGCAUUCCACAGUUUCAUUAAAUAAAGCAAAUCUAGGGUCAUGCAAUAUAUAUAUUUUUUUCUGUAGACUUAUAAAAAGAGGUAUUUUUACAACUUUUGUCCAUGUUAUGGAAUCUGAGCAACAUUUUAGGGCAAAGACAGCUUUUGAACCACUAUUUGAGUUGAAGAUGAGGUAGGCAGGAUCUGAGGAAGUGCAAGUUUUGGGGAGAUAUCUUGAAUGUAAACACUACCCCUCCCAACCAGUUUUCCCCUCAGCUCCUCCUCUCCCCUCCCUCUCUGCUCCAGCCCCGCCCACAAAAAGACACUCCUACUCGCUCGUAUUGUUUCAAUUAAAUUCAGAUACAAAUGGAGAUAAAAACUUCAGAUAAUUACUAAACGGGCCCAGUCAACAGGAAACACUUAGGUUACACUUUGCUGACUUUGUAAAAGUGGUUUACCUGUCCAACAGAAAGGUUACAGGUUCGGUAAGAUCCCGAAGCGUCCCCCAUCAUUGUUGACCCGGCUUUUUUAGCUCUUGUCCGGUCUACCUCCUUUUUAAGCGCCUGUUAUUCUGCUAGAGUCUCCGGUAUUUACCUCAGUUUCUUGCUUGUGUCGGCAGUCGUGGCUAAAGGAGGAUUCAGACAAUUGUCCGCACUUUCUGGUUGGUUUUUACUGUCCAAUGUUGUAGCACGCUAACUUUGUUUGGGCUCGUGAACGACACGGGGGAGCAGCGUCUGCACUAAGGAGCAGUGUCCUCCUCACAACCAAUCAGAUUGGGAAAGGUCAGAGAACGGCUUUGUUUACAGUCAGAAAGAGUGGAGCGCUCAAAAUAUUUAAAUUGUUAACUACACAGAAAUAAAAAACAGCGAUAUCGUUAUAUUACCAAAUGUCAUCAAUGACUAACAGCUAUUGACUGACAUUAAAAGCUUUUUUGUACAUAUACCACAAAAAAAAGGCUUCUGUAAUGGAUUCCUGCCCACACCAUCUUUAAGCAGUAACUGCUAGCUUAAAAUGUUCAAAUCCUAAACUUGCUUAAAACCAUUUCCUCAUGAGCUACCUCUUUACACAUUUCACCCUUUGCUCUUAGACACAUAUAAUACAAUUUCCCUUCUUGUUUACUUUUUUAAGCCAAUAAGCUUUGGGCAUUGUUUUAAGCCAUCACUAGCCAGCUAUCUGAGUGUUUGUGCCAGCCUGUCAGUAGUUUUCAGAUGCUUUCCUUUUACUGUCUCUGUUGUGGACAUGCUCUUAAACUUCUGUUAUUCAUAAACCACUUUAUGUAUUUCCAAAAUAGCAAAAUUGUUCUCAAACUUUAAUGUUAAUGAAGACCAUCCCUGCUAGCAAAUGGCACUAGUUUUGAAAUGACCCUUUUCCAGGUAGAGGCUGAUUAGAGUGUUUUAAUUAUCCUGCCCUGAUGCAUAUUAUUAAAGUCGUGUUUUGCACAAUGUCAUCUGUAAAGCUCAUUUUACUCUCUGCUCUCCGUACAGGAAGUUAAAUUGGAUUGGUCCUGUCCAGUCUGAGACUGUUUCACAUCGUAUUUUCUCACAUGUUCUUCUUGUUCUGGCUCUGUCUUCCCGCUGUUGCAAAACAUUUCAUUUCCUGAAUGAGGCUGAAAUAUUUGCUUUUGUUUUUCAGGGACUAUUGACUUUGCUGACAAAGUCUUUACUCACUCACCACAGGUCUGAGAUUUACUGUCCACUCACAGCAGUAGUUAAUGCUGACUUAUAGAAACCUCUGUUUACAUCAUUUGACAUAGUUGAUGGUUUUUAUGAAAUCAUGACUUUUAUGUCCUCCUGCCUUCAAAUUAUAUUGUUGACGAAUGUGUUGUGCAAAGUUGUGGCUGACGCACGUAUUCAUGCAAAAUUUGGCUUGCAACCGGUCAUUAAUCAAAAAAUGGGCAGGAUUUAUCUUUAAAUAAGAACACAGAAUAAAUCGUUGGAUCCAGCCAAGACAAUAAAGCAAGAGAAGGCUGAAAACUUGAUUUGAAGACUCCGUACUUUAUAGAAAACUUGUGAUAACUGACAAAUUUGAGGAAAAAUAGAAAUUGAAACAUGCUUAUCAUGAUAUUUACUCUGGAUUGGAGUGAAAUGAUUAAGCACCCAACAAAUAGCCUACAUAACUGAUACAGUGCUACAGUGCUGAUACAGUGCUAAGUGCUUUAAGUGCUUUCCCUUUCAUUACUAAUCACUCAUUAUCUACAAAAAACAUGUCAUGAGUCAUCUGUUGUUCCUCUUUAGCCAAUAUUGUGUAGUGAUCGUCUUUAAUUGAUGUACGACUUAAAACAAACCACGCGACCGCAAGUUUCCAAGAAUAGUGUCAAAACAAGUAUCACCGCUGUUACCAAAGCAAUAGCUGUCACAUAAGACUUUGAAGAACAAGACGGCAAUACCCAGAAUUGAAAUAGUCCGUUCUUUCCAGUCCUUAUGCACCCAGCUUUGCGGUCUGACAAAACAUCUUGCAGAAAUAACGUGAAGCUUCAUAAACCACAGCCCGACCGCAGUAAUCCAGUGUCACACUCUGGCAGUUUGAGCGUUUAAGAUGCUAAUGGUGCUGAGUUCAUCUUCGUAAGUUAUGAGCUCCUUGACAUUUCGAACGCAGCUCCAGAGUUGAAUGCAAAAGUAUGAUUCCAAUAGAGAAAUGUUAAUCUCCUUCAGUCUGAAGUGCUGUCGCCAGGUCAGCUCUUUGGAGAAACGACAGCUUAAUCCAAGUUGUCUCAGUCAUUUCUUAUCUAAGCUUCAAAACUUCCAACUAUAUUUGGCUGCUGAUUUUUUUCUUACUUUCCAUCCUGUGGAUAAAAGCUGAGUAAUGUGUUUAUAACAUUUCUAUUUGAGCCUUCUCUGCUUUUCUCUUCCUCUUUAUUAACUACUGAGUGUAAAAGCAGAUUCUGCUCUCUAAUAUGUUUGCAGAUCUCUGACGGUUAAUUCAAACACACGGUUAUUUGUUGUAGCUGCAGGAUAAACAGAUACCAUCUCGAGUGUGCAGACAGUAGCUUCCUUCUGUUGGGAGCUUUGAACUCGGUGGUCAGCAGCAGCAGCAGCAGCAGCAGCAGCUCUCGUUAAUGUGUGAACUGAGAGUCAGCUGGAGUUCGUCUGGGUUCCAGGUGAUGCCUGUUAGAUCUGCUUCAGCCAUUAGUGUGCAUGUUUUAGGAAUCUAUUGUUUUUAUACAGUGUGCUUUUGCACUCAUUUUUCUUAUAUUUAUUGCUUUUGUUGCACACUGGGAAGAGCAUCCUAAGCUAAUUUUGUUGUAACUUGCUGUACAAUGACAAUAAAGUCUGAAUAAUCUUUCAUAAUUAGGACUCAGUUAAUGCAGCUUUAUUUUUUUUUCAUUCUGUGUUUUUUCUCAUUAAUUAAAUCGUCUGUCUCUGUCUUAAGAGGAUAUUACCGCAGAGUGAACCAAACACGGGUUAAAGCAGGCACAAACAGUGAACGAACUAAGUCACUGCUGGUGUUUAUAUGGUUAACUCAGUGAAGUUCAGAAAGGAAGGUUUCCAUUGGCCGGGCUGCACGCUGUAGUCAGAGUUCUAGUGUUUCAUGGAGACAGAGGGCCAUCCCUCUGAGCGCAGCUCCAGCCCCUUCAUCUGGUUCUAUUUAAGGCCUCCAGUGCCGACUCUUAUGAUUGGCGUACACAACCCCCCUACUCUUCCUCUAGCUCCAGCCCCAACUGAAGAGAAGGAGGCUUUUUAGCAGAUGGUUUAUUUUCCAAGGGAAACUAUUUCUUUCUCCUACUCUACUGUCCUGUCCUCAGCUGGCUUCAGCUCACUUUUCUGUCACUACAACAGCUCCUUCUUCUCUCUUCUUUCUCCUCUUCUUUCCAAUAAGUUCAUGUGCCUGCCUGUAUCUGCUGACCCGGUCCAAGCUUUGUUGGACAAAAAAGAUGAGGCCCCCUCAGUGAAAGAGAAUGGAUUUUCUGCACUUGGCUGCUUGAUCCUUCACUACUCGGAGGGAGAUACUUUUUCUAGACCUUCAGGAUUCCCAUUGCCCGUGUUGUUGGGCUGAAGGGGGAUGCAGCUCUAUGGCUAGACUCUCAGGAAGAUGCUCUGAGCCCUGUGAAUAUUGUGAUUGGCUGAGCUGUACAUACAAAGUGGCCUAUGGCACAACGGGUGCCCGGCAGUCGUUCUCGUGGACCUAUGGCUGGCAGCUGGCUGACAGCAUGUUUUUUCCCAUCAACUCCAGGUCUGGAUGCUUCGGACCCCAUGCUCCUGGAACAGUAUGUGGCGGUGGCCAGCUACGAGAAACAAGAGCCUGCAGAAAUCAGCCUUCAAGCAGGCGAGGUGGUGGACGUCAUUGAGAAGAGCGAGAGCGGUGAGUAAUCGUAGCGAAUGCACAACAAAGACAUGCUGAGCAGAAGACAGGCAGCUUGCAUGUUGUUAUAUGUGUGUCAAACACAAACACACAGAUCUUCAAACAUGCUGCCCACACUCACCCCUCUCACCUCCUUUGUCCACAGCUCGCUAACUGUUACUUAGCCCCAUCUGGAGGCUCACUUUGGCCCAAAGUCAGCCCUGUUUUUUCCCACUGUUGGUUUAGGCUAAGGGCCAGAAUGUUGCCUCUAGCAAGAGGAAUGUCUUCCAGACCCGUAUUAAUUAUUCCACCUCACUUUAAUGGAAAGCCAGCAAGACAUGCCGCAUUUACAAAUGCCAGCUGCAGAGAGUCCUUAGUCAGCUGUUUAACCUCUGGGAAGAUUUAGCAGAGGGGGCCAUGAAUGUGUUCUAGUGAUCUUUAACUGGAUUAAAUGUUAAAGAAGUCUCUAUCAGUUUAACAUUAGGCAGGAACUCGUGAUAAUAUUGGAAUGUGCUGAAUUUGCAUCCAAUGAUAGUGAAAGGAAACACAAAGAAUACAGAAUUCAGACAUUUACUGAGAUACAAAACAUUACUUUUCUUUUUGAAAUGUGCUCAAGUGUACUCCGGCUUGACAGGACACAAGAAAAUGAACUUGUACUGUGGUUACAAGCCGUUAGAUUUUCGUACUGGGAGUACGAUAUGUGCAUUUCUGGGUAAACAAACUAUAACUGAAUGCUAUUGAUGACAUCCAGAUUUAUGCACCUGCAAUAGUACCUUUCAUUAUGAAGGGAAUUCAUCAUGCAAAGGAUAGAAGGUGACAUAAGAGGUAAGGCCCAGUAACAGGACUCUGAUGUUGAGCUGCGAUGGCGUGCUGAGACAGUAAAACAGUAAUGGGACUCAUGUGUUCUUCAGUGGGAGGAUGGGGAAAGGAAAGAUGGAGGAGGAAGCAGUUGACCAGGAAGGCGGCUUGACUUGGGUUUCAUGAUGGGUGUGAGUGAAAUGCCAUGCCACACUGGCCUCAAGGAAGAGGGUCUGUAGAGCAGGACCGCUUUGAUGUGUCACGUGUCCUGCUUUUGGGUUGGCGUAUUUGUUUUCACUCCCUGCUCCAGUAGGAUUUCAGCCCGAUGGGGAGCCGUAGUAAGGCGGAUACUCCAACACCUUGAAGUCUUUUUAUCGAGGGGGCCUUAUAUGAGAGCUUCCCUCCAUGAACUUCAACUGCAUGGUUCUCUGCUUUUAAGUUGAGGCCCCUUCCUUACUUGUUUCAGCUGACCUCCUUGCAGAUUGCUGUGCACUGAUGAUCUAUGCAGAAUGCAAAACUCAAACACUGUACUCACCUUAUUGCAGAUUUAUGAUUUCCAGGCUUCUGUGUUAUUGCUGUAGCCAGAUUUCCAUAAAAAGUAUUGCUUUGUUUCAUCCUCUCAUCCUCUGAUGCAGCACAUAUUUUGUUGCCUCUUCCACUCAACCUCAUUCAUUCUUCUCAAGUUUGGUUCGAUUUGUCAUGUGCUUCAAAAGCAAAAGCAGCAGACUCCAGGCUUCUUAAAACACGUCUUAAGGCGAUUUGACAGUUUUAUUAUACACUGACGGACAAUUUCACAGAGAUCUGAGGUAAAUAAGCCCCCGCCCCUCUCCCUACCUUAUGCUUUGGAGACUGUUUCCAGCAGCACAGCUUGCAUUGAACUGAAAACUCAACUUGUCUCGCAAAGGAAGUCGGGCUAAAUCUGCCCCAUUUGGCUGGGUGACAUCACUCCUGAUCCCUUUGCCAAUGCUAACAAGACCAGGUGUAUGCUAAGAAGAUUUCAAAGCCCAUUUGAUUUAGCAUCCGUUUGUUUGCAGGAUUAGUAGAAACCCUUUAAUGGUUCUGACACUCUGAUCUGUUUCUUAUGCAGCCGCGCAGUGAAUGUGCUGAGUUAGAGGUACUAAAAGGUGUCUAUUACAUUUGUAAUGAUAAAAUGACUGUAUGGAUUUUUAUCGAGCUUCCAGCUAUGGUGGCAUAUUUUCAUUUGAAGCCAAACACGGUUAAAACCCACCAUGGGGUCCUUUAGAGAGUUUUUGGAGGCACUGAGUGGAAAAUAUCUGUCAUACUGCCAUCCUUUUCUGUAUCAGAAUUGUGUUUUUACUUGUUAUUUUUCACACAAAGCUAGUUGAGAAUCAGAGUGACAGAUCUAGAAAUGGAAACUACAGCUCUGCGUUUAAUUUGCCAUUCAGCGUACUCUUAAAACCGGAGUCCUGCUGUUAAACCUACUGUACCAAAGACUAUGGCUGUGACUGCUUCCCAGUUGCAGUUUUUCAGCUUUUCCUUACCUUGGAUUAGAUAAUAUAUGCCUUUGACAGGGCAGUGAAUCUAGGUCAGACCUAUAAGUGAGCUCAGUUUUCUCUACUUUUCCAGCCUGCUGUCUCCAGCGGCAGCAGUAUUUUCCAUUGCACUAGCUCGACGUUACAGUCUGUGUCGUGUCCUUUGUGUCAGUUUUGUACAGUAGUUUAUAUUGGUUUCUGGUUUGUUGGGUUUAAAGAAAGCGUAGGAUGUGGUAAAUCAACAACCAAUCAGUCAAUGAGCCCUUGAUGUUGGUUUUGCCAUUUAAAAAUCAGACGUUGGUAUUUUGCUAAGACCUUUUAAAAAUCCAAAUGAGUUAUUGGAAAAGUUGCACAUGUUACAUUGAAGUAUUAACAAAAACAAAAAAUCAUCUUCCAAUUAUUAAUGUUGUCCUCACUCCUUCUGCAGCUAUUUUAUUUUCCUUUUUUAUGAGACUUUGCCAAGCAGAGAUGCUGGCUCAGGAGGAGAGAGAGAGAGAGAGAAGUGCAGGGAGAGAAACUCAGGGAGAAAAUGGAAAAAGACAUUUCCUGCCAGAGUGAGUGGUUCAGAGAGGUUGGUUCAUUAUAAUGACUUAAUGGAUCCUCCAGGAUGCCUCCUCAGUUUACACUAUAUUGGACAGACGUUAACCAAAGCUAAGCUAACAGCCUUGACGGUCAGUGUGAAUGCUCUGCAUGGGGCGGUUUAAACUUUGCCCUUUAAUAAAGCAGUAUGCCGGAAGAGGAGAAAUAAUUUGCAGUCACUUCUGGAAAUAUUGUACUUACUGUAGCUGCCUCCACCUCAAGGACACUGUUAAAGGUGUCAUGCCCAGUCUUGUGUAGAAAAUCUCUCUCAGUGGACCAGUGAGGGUUAAACUUGUCACCGUUCCAAGUCCAGGUCAGUGUCUCUUAUUUACAGUUUGCUAAAUGAAAUCCAGGAGUGCUUGUCUGUUCUUGAGAAACCAGCUUGCAUUCGUCAGGUCCUUCCAACUCCCUGAAGACCCCAUGGCACCACCCAUUUGCAGUGCAUCUCUACCAUUCCACCAAGCUCCCAUGAGCAGGGUGGAGUGGAAGGGUAAAUUUCAGGAAGAGCCUGAAGGAUUACUUAUCACGGCAGCAAUCUUAUCUGUAUGGACUUGCCCUUUUCCUUGAAAACAGUAAUAUUUCGAAGCUUGACAAAUCUUAAAUAUAGAGCUUGAAGGUGAGAGGGGUAUCCCAUGGGUGAUGUUCAGCUGCCUGGCUGAGGUCCCACAGAGACUGCUGGAGUUGUGUCAUGGCAGAUUAAGCAGGCCUGGCCUCUGGCAUGGCAUGAUGGAUGUGCAGAAUAUCAUCUUUUCCUCCAUAAGGCAAAAUUGUACCAAUAUAAUUAUAUUUUUGCUGUCUCUCUUCAGGGCUCAGCUCAGCAGGAUCUUUGAGUUUUCCUGAAAACGAGUGAAUUUCAAGGGCAUAUCAAACUGCCUCAAUUUAUCAAACUUGUCAAAGUAGUCUAUAAAAUACUGCAAAAGUUACAGAUCCAGAGAACUGAAAGAGAGUAGCCUAACAAAGAUGUUCCCAAUAUGACAUCAGUAUCAUUUCCCUACACAGCCUAAAAUGAGGUAGUAUCAGGUGAAUUAUUGUGUGGUGAUAAACAAAAAAGUAAGGUGCCAGCAUAGGGCUGGGCGAUAAACCGAAAAUUUACAGAUACCAAAAUUGACGACAAUAACUGAUGUCAUUUUGCCCAUGUCAAUACAUUCGGUGUCAAAAAUAAAAAAUAAAAUAAAAGUUGGUUUUGGAUGUGUGUAGGUAGGCUACGGUCUCAUGUCCCUUAAAGACGCUGUCCUACGUCAGAGACAUAACUCCACCACAUCCAGUCCAUAACAAAGAGGGAAAAACAGGUGAGGGGAUGGAGGACGGUUCAAAAGUUGUAGCGGCCGAAGUAGACGAAGUUAAUGUGGGAGGGGGUGAGCAGCUUGUGGAGUAGUUAUUGUCCAUUUAUCAUUGUCAAGGUGAACUGCUUGAUAUCAUAUCGUGAUAUUGAUUUGAGGCCAUAUCGCCCAGCCCUAUGCCACCAUCAACUUUAAAAGCAACCAGCAAUCAGUGUAUGCACCAAGAAUGCUUACAUAUCUUUUAAACCACACUGCCAUUGCCUGGGGUACCAUCUUCUGCUUGGAUCUAGGGUUCUGGAUCAAUUCCAAGAUGAAAAAAAGACACCUGAAAAUUCAAGUUAUUUUAUUUUUUUAAUGAGCAGAUUAUGACAUUUUGUGUUCCUGCUUUUAUACUAAAUUUCUACUUGGAUGUAAACAAGCGCAGAUGAUAGACGAUAUCUUGUUGUGUAGUGCAGUGUGGCAGUAUGUCGAUCAUUAAAAUGCAGGUUAAGCUGUGUAUCAGCUGUAUCUGGACUAGGAAGUUACAGAACACCCAGGGUUUCAACAGCUAUUGGCCACACUUCGAGGUUCCUCUAUACCUGGAAAACGGUACUUAAAGGUGUGUUCCCAUGAUACCUCGCUAGUAAAAAAAAGAGGACUGAAUUACUUUGCAGAUUUUAGCAACUGCAGCUCCUUCCAGCAUGGUGUAUAUACUGGCCAAGAGUUUUACUGAUGUUCAGGAGGAUUUAAGACAAGGUCACUGUUGAGCUUCCAUCGCUGUAAGGGCUCAAUCUUACAGCUUCCCGAUUUGGUAUUUGCAGUUUCAGCAAGAACAUGUUUCCUUGUAAAACGAGGAAAAAAACCAUAAUUCUUGUUGAUGAACCACAAAAGACAUGAUACAGAAAACCUUCCAAGAGUUAAAGGUCUUUUUUUAAGCUGAAGUGGUGCAACAGCAGAUGGAAGACACAUUAUCCACUCGUAGUAAUCCCCAUCCUCCGCAUUCUUUCAGCUUACCAUAGGAAGUACUAAUGAACGUCUCAAGCAUAUAACCUUAUCCUGUAUUUUAGGAUAUGGAAACUUAAAUUGGAGGUUUGUAAUUCGCUCUUAGGCUUUCAGUUCUACUGCCACAUUGUCUUGCAAUUUGUCGCAGAGCAACACAGGCGAUGUUUUAUGUUCAGAAAUCAGGCCUCUCAAGCCAAAUAGGUGCCUCUCUGUCUUAUACACUUAAGAAUUGACCAUUGAGCUUUAGCUGUAUUUGAACGGGUGGGCUUGCAGACACUCAAGGACUGCUGUGUUUCCAGAUCAGUAGAGCUUAGAGAGCACACCAACCGUGGGCUACACUGCUUCGCUUAAACCAUGAGGGGAUCCAUUCAGAGGCUGGGAGGGAGACGGGGUUGUUCCUUAGGUCAACAUCAGCUCUUGAAAGUCGUCUUGUGCCGUUUUCAGCCCCCACACCCCCCUCUUACUAGACCCACUCGUGUAAUUGAAACCCAGUGCUUUUAUGAAAACUGGAAGUGUGUGUAUUGGACUGGAUACCUACCCCCUUGUGCUUUGAUACUGGAUCCACUGUUAUACGAAUACAGAAGCUGGAAAUGAAUGGGGUUUUCUCUUGCUGCACUCAACAGUGGUGUCGGAUGUCUGCAGGACUGCUGAGCCACCGCAUUCCUCAUCGUUUCAAGACGAGAAAAAAAAAAAAAGUUUUCCUUGUGCUGCUGAACUGUGGUUCUCAUAUUCAUGCUGGAUGUAGGGAACAGAAUUACAGAGUGACUCCAACACUGAAACAACACCAAUUUUGUACCUCAGUACACUUGAGGGCCUAUUACUCUUGAUGAUAAAUGUGUAGGGAUGAGUUGGACAUUGAGCAAUGCAGAUGUGUCACAAUAUCCUAUGGAUGCCAUUGCAUACAUUCAAACUUGAUUGACUGCAUGCAUGGAUUGCAGAAUUAUAGUUUUAUAGGUUAUCCAGUCACUUUAGGAAAAAACCCAAAAGGCAUAAAUCUAGUGUCUUGUUGCAGCCGAGAAUCUGUGGUUGAUUACAGUAAAAAAGAGACACAGCUCUUAAAGUUGAUAGAGUUUCCAGAUGGCAGAUAGUGUAUGAGAGACACAAAGAGCUCAGAAACGCUGCUCAGCCUCAUCAUACAUCUGUCCACUGUGUCUGCACCCACAGGGGUAAAUACAGGUUAAGUGAGACUAUAAGAAGAACUCCAUCAAAAGUUUCCAGCAGGCAUCUGUUUACAUGUGAAAUAUCUGUCUUAGUAGAAAUUUUUUCCAUCUGGAGUCUUCAGAUUGCUGCAGAUCUAAAACUUGAAUAACCGGUGUUGAUUUCUUCAUUACAGAAUCAGUUUGUUUCUAAAAUAUAUAACUCAGAGCUGGAUGAAGGAUUGGAUUACAUUUCUGGGGAAAUGAUUACUUUAUUUUGGCGGAGAGUUAUAAGACAAGGUAGAUAACACUCACAUAUCUGUUUCAGUCAUCAGUUUGCAGAGCUUAAGCACAAAGACUGAAAACAGAAGGCAACAGCUAGUAUUUCUUUUGCCAAAAGUGCAAAAAUACAGCUGCUUUUGUGUUUGUCUAUAAAUUUACAUCUUAAGGCUGUAGUCUUUAUCUCCGUAUACAGACAGAUGUGGUUAUUACCAAACUUCACAUAGGAUAUCAGUAGCACCACCAUGAAAGACGCAGUCUGUUUUUUUAGGGUCUCUCAAUGGGAAAAAGGCGAACACUUCCUCUGGUUUGACGAUUAGGGAUGUUUCAAAGCAGUUACUUGUGUAGACAGAAAUUUAAAGUCCAACUAACUGGAUAGUUGAAAGAGAGAAAAACUAUUGAACUUGAGCUAAAUCUAUUUUAAACCUAAAUAUGGAGAGUAUGUAAUGGUUACAUAACACACUGGUUGAGAGGUUACAUGCCAAUUCAGGCGGACCACUUACAACUGUAUCAUCAUAUUCCCGAUGAAAAUAAUGUUGAACGGCUCAGCGCUUUGAGACGCCAUUUAUCAUAGUAGCUCCUGUACAUCCAAGUAGGAGAGAAUUAUUAGCAAUGUAUUUUCAGCUGUCAUUAGCCAUUGUCAGUUGUUCUUCGCGGUUGUGAGCUGUUGUGAGCUGUUGUUAGUUGUUGUUAGCUAUACCAGUUGUAAACAAAGCACAACACAGUAUUUUACUCCAUAUUUUACACCAUAGCACCGUGUUCAUAGUUAGACAUUGGGCAGCACAACAUAUAUCACUUAUUUAAUUUAUUAAAACAAGACAUUAGUGAUAAUAAAUAAUACAUUACAAGAGCUUUACUGUUGAUGCACUGCGCUGCCAUCUUGAAAUAUGACGUUGUCGUCAAGUCGAGGUUGGAUCGUCCGAUUUUUCGAGUCGGGAAUCCGACUUCAGGGGGGCGUUCCAGAUGAAUUUUCUGACUCAGAGCUCGGAAAUCCCGAUUUCCGAGUACAGCUGGAACACAGCAUAAGACCAGCUGUUCAGGCUUUAGAUAAUAAAAGUAUAACUCAUUUAACUGACUGGUAAUUCUGGUGUGGACUGACGAGGGUGAUGAUGUUAACGGGUUUGGUUGACCAUGAUCUUCAGUUUCUGUGCAGGUGUGCAGCUCUUCUAGUGCUGUCUGUUUUUUCCAUGUGGGGCUUGCAGUCCGUAAAGCUACCAGUCCCCUGCGCUUGGUAGUUUUAAUAGUUGUAAAGAAUGGACCCACUGCAUCUGAGCAAUUUGCAGAAACUUGUUGAGCUGUUGCCGUCUGCUGGUCUCUGAGAGUUUUUCAAUCACACCAGCACUCCAGGAGGUUCAUUUACUCAAAAGCACACAAUCCUGUUCUUAAAUGCACGCUAUAAACUAAUGAAGGAGAGAAGUUGUGAAAAGUGGUGCCGCCAGCUUGGUCUGCAGUGCUAUAUAACCCAGCAUGCUUUGGCUUUGCAUAGGAAAGCCAGCUGCAUGCUUUUUUUGAUGCCAUUUUCCAUUUUUUUUUAAAAGGGGGUCCGAUGCCCAGAUUUUAUAGAGACCUCAGAUCUUACUUUUGCAAGGAAAAGAAAGAGCUUAUUUCAUAAAUUGCAGAGAUUUGCUCUGAUAUUGGAUCUGUUUAUUUCACACUGUCUGAAUUAUUUUGACAUGUUUUUUUUUUUUUUCAAUUUAGAAAAGAUUGAAAACAAACUAAUAACUUGAAGAGUUCACAGUCAUACACUGUCUUUCACAGAGGCGUACACUCAGCCACAGUUUUCCUGCUCCAAAUAUUCAGUUUUUCAUGAUGUCAUUUGUGUAACAAUAGACUGUUUGGUUUCUUUCUGUCAGAGACUGUGACAUUUGAGGUUGAUGUGUGUGGUUAUGAUGCUACAGUGUGAUGGCGUUAUGUGAGGGCUCCACCAGAGGGUUGUGGGUUUCGCCUUUGUCUUAUGUAACCGCUGACCUCAAAAUGGUGGUAAUUACUAAACUAUUCUCUGUUUAAACGUUUUUUAAGCUUUAUGAUUUACUCAGGAUGUUGACUAAGUAGCUCUGGUCGUAACACUAAAUAAUGUGAAGUGUAUUGCCAGUCAGCAUUUGGCUUUUUUUUCUGGUUUUCCCCGUCGUGGUUGAAAUUACUGCAGCUUUCCAGGAUUUCUUACUUUUUCUUGGGUGGAUAGCAAGGCGUGUGAUGCAAACUGAUCAAAAACUAUGAGUGGAUAAGAGCAAAAAGAAAAAAAAGGCAAAUGUGUUUUUGUAAGCCUGCACUUAUUGAACCAAGGAGGGAUCAAAUCUGAUGAAUGCAUAGAUACAUAUGUUCUCAUACUAACACACCCACCUACACACAAUCACACACAUGCUUUCUGACAUAGAGUACGCUCCCUUCACUUUUGUUCCUCCCACAUCAGUACAGAUAAUCCCUGCCAUCAGGAAUCAAGCUGGAGGGAACACAUUUUUCUCCUAAUCUAAUUUCCAUUAUCUGUAAUUUUACCUUUCAGCAGAUAAAUCAAUACCUUCAUUCACUCUUCAAGACUGACUCAACAACACUUUUAACCUUUUCACUUUGAGCAGAGUUGCUGUUCUGGCAACACAAACCCUACAAAACAGCUGUUUUCUUUUGCAAUGACCUCAGCCUAAGAUCUUUGUCAUUAUGACGAAUGUACGAAUGAUAAGCCUGUCAAAUAUCCAAAAGUUAAGAAUCACGUUCCCCUCCCAGCCCUUUUGGAGAGGUAUUCCAGAGGAUUUCUGCACCAUGAGUUAAAAUAUGUGAACAUUUUGAAGGAGUAAAGGUGAAAUCUGAUUGUCUUUUUACAGCUACAUGCUCUAGAUGUUGGCUUUUGUCAUUUCGGUUAAAUUGAGAUCACUCUUCGACUGAACAUGAUGACAGACAUGAAGCAGGCCCUGCUUAUAGAUGUUUUUUGUCUGGUAAACAACCUGCAUGGUUGGGGAAAUCAGCACUUGUGUAAUGUUUUUAAAGGUGAUUUUACUGCCUCUUUUGAGGUCCAGUGACUUCAGCCAAAGCACCUGCCAUAUGCAAGAAUGGCUGAAAAAACAGGCCGGGCAGACCUGGCCAUCAAUAACACUGUAUAUUUACUCAGGCACUAUUAAAAUGACUAUAAGUCUUUGCUGAGUAUGUAUAUUCAGACUUACAGCCAAGUGCUUGCAAUUAAACUACACUCUGGUCUCCUUACUCUUAUAUUUGCUUACAUUUCUAUAAGCGGAGGGUUGCUGAAGUGAAAAUGACAUUUUCUCAAAGCUGAAGUGUCAUGGUGAAAAAUGUUAAUUUCCAGAUGUAAGCUCUUUUUAGAUUGAGAUGAUUCAGGUCUUUUUCCUUCUGCUGAGCUGACCUCAUUUCGCAACGGUCAGUUUAAUUUCAUGUACCAUUAAUGUAGCUGAUGUUGCUCUUGCCAGUUAACCUUGUACAUUACAUUUUUUUAAUGUUUCAAUGACUAAAGGAAAUAUUACACAAGUUAAGCCCAAUGAACACAUCAAACAUGCAUCAGUGUAAUGAGAUUUACUCAGAUCUGAACACAAGCUUUGAAGUCCCCUAUUUAUGUUCUUUGUUUCUCACUGGUCUAUCUGAUUUAUAGGGAUGAGGUUUUCUUUCAUCCAUUGGUUUGGUGUGCAAAGACUUGGUACAUUACAUAGUUUGUGUCAUACCAAAGCCAAAACCAGUAUGUAGCUCAGAGCCAAACAAUAACAGCAUACCUCAAACUGGACCCACCCAGACAAUACAAAAUAACCCACCGCACAGCUGAUGGUGAUUUCUGUCUUGCAGCUCAGCAAGUUGAUUAAUUUAAUAAAUCAUCACUUACAUGGAUCUCAGUGAUUGGUUGAAAGGCCUUGACAGAGUUUCUCCUUCAAGUCGUUUAUUUUGUUUAGUCUGUCAGCAGGAUAUCCGCAGAGGUCCUUUUUAAUCGGGUGAGCACAUGGGCAUGUGGAAAUUCACUUAUGUUACGUUAAUCAUUAAAAAGUCAGGUUUGCCAACAUUAAACAAUAAUUAGGCUUUUAUAAAGUGAUGUGAACAUUUUCAUGUCUGGUGUUUCUCUCCAGGGACGGGCAUUUAAAGCACACUUCUGCUAUUAACACUUUAAAUAGAUUUUAAUAGGUUAUAACAUGCAUUAAUACUGAAUGGUAAGAAACAGCUAUUAAAACAAAUAAACAAACAAAAAAAAAAAAAAUCAUGGUCCAUCCUGGAUUGUUAUAAAAGCCGUGAUUCUGUUGAGUGUGACAUCAGAAGGGUAGAGGAAUGAUUGAAGGAUAUCAUGUAGGGCUGGGAUGAUAUGCUUUUCUCUUGAUUCGUUUUUUCUACGAUUUUUUGGACGCAGAUUCGAUUUAAAUUACGAUUCUACUCUAUUGACGAUUUUCUCUAUUUUUAGUCUACAUUUUUAACAUCAGUGAAACAGUUGAAUGAUUAUGAUUGUCUACUGACUAUUCCAAGAACCAUAUUUCCCCCAAAAAUACACAUCACAUGAAAGUCAGUUUUUAAGAUUUAUUCUCAAAUUUGAAGAAAAAAAAAAGAUUUUUUUAACAUAAAAAUCAGUUUAAAAAUUGUAAAACAAAAAACUGUGAUACUUCUGUGAAUUAAUUUUUUCUCCCACCCCUAAUAUCAUCGUCCACCUGAUGGGAAAUAAUUUGAAAUGGAAUUGUCAAACUUUUGCUGACUUUAUAAAAUAGUGUCACGGCACAAACUGAGUGUUUUGAAACAUAUUUACUCAGUUAUUUGAAUAAAAUAUUACAUUCAGAUCAUCCAGCACGUAAAAAGGUUAAGAGAACAGUCGACAACUGUCCAAAAUGAGCCCAAUUUAUUUUGCACAGCGUAACACAGAGUCCCUGUUGUUGAAUUGGUUUUCCUUGUGUGCCUCAUACAGACUUAAAACCACUAGUAUUCAUCCUCCUUGCAGGUUAACGUUCACAUACCUGUACUUCCAAAACAUUGCAGCAGUUUAUGUUGCAGCACAACCUGCAUACAACUUUAUCACCAUGUUCUUGAUCAAAAUACUAUCAAACCACACCACACUAUGAGACACCAGCCAUCAUCUGUGCUUGUUUACAUUCACAUCAAAAAGCAUCAUAAGCAUUAUAGUAUCAGCCAUUAAUGAGAGCUACAACUAAGGCUAGCAGGUGGUUGCACUCUAGCUUAGACAGGUGCAGAUCCCUAACACCAACAUUAUAAAAUAAAACAUUCUUAAAAUAUUUAUGCAAAUAGCCUCCUUGUAUACUUUCGUGUCCCCUUUAAACACCAGUUAGGAUCUCCUCAUUUAUAGCAGACUGUAAUUGCCGCCUGUCUAAUUGAGAUGCAUGACUGCAAAACGGAGGGUUUAAUUACAUCAUAUUUCACUCCGUGCAGAUGAAUCAUGACUGCCUAAUACUGGUGUCUUCAAUGUUUUUUUCAGCAUUAGCAUACCAUCAUUUUGCCUCAUCCUUUAACCGCACUGUUAAUUGGGUUAUACAUCUUCUCUCCAUUCGUGUCCAUCACACUCCAUCAUCCUGUUUCUUUUCAUUAAUUAUGUACAACCACAGGACUCCUAAAUCACUUCGUUUCCAUAUAGGGAAAAAAUGUACACUGGGUGUCUUGGACCAGCUGUGGAAGUGUGAUGGAACACUCUUCUCCUCUUUAUGGGCUGUCUAGACAGCUGUCAGCCAUAUUGUAUCCUUGUUACCACAACAAAUAGCCUACAUAUGGCAAUACCAUAGAACAGCUUUUGUGCCAGGUUUGUCACCCGGGGCUCUUGUAGAGAUUUGGUGAGAGGUCACUCAAAUGUGGGAUGACAUAUGUGAAAUCUGUGUGGAAAAGAUUUGACACAAGUAAUAAAGUGAGUGGACAUAUGCACUUUACAUUUGACAGGAUAGCUUAUCUCACACAAUGAAUCGCUGCUCUGACUUUUCUAGAGUGAAACAUUUCUUUGCAUGAGCACCUUUCCAGCUGAGGUGUUCAGAGAGAAAAUUCAAUUCAAAUCAGGUUUGACAUCACAAAUGGAUAUUUUGGCCAGAAAAUCCAUUUCAGCAGUUUCCUGGCCACUGAAAACCGGACUUGUCUUGAUGAAAUGCAGGUUGAUUCGUCUCGAACCGAGCCGCAGCCAGGUGGCGUUCUCUUUGAUCUUUUAGGCACUGAUUGUAAUUAUAGAACGAUCACAUUUUCUCACGCUCAUGUCCAUUUUUUAGCUCAUCCCUGCUCAAAAGCACUAAACCGAUACGAUGGGAGAAAAGCCAAGUAAGAUGAGGUGCUAUGACAUCAGCAGGGUUGAUAUUUUUUCUUAUCUCAGGACCAAAAAUCUGUGAUAAAUAUCUAAAACCUUUUAUCCUCAAAGUUAUGCCUAAACCUACCGAGUAUUGCUGCAUUAUGCACAGAUGACCAAUUAAUCCUUAUUUAUGUCCCUCUAAAUCAAUUGUGUCUCAGCACAUGUUCCAAAAAGAGCAGAUCUAGACAGUUUUAUUAUAUUAUUCUGAGAUAGCAGAGGAACUCGACUCUAAUCCACCUUCAGAGAUCCUGAGAGUUUAUAGCAAUUUUCCCACUUGUGGUCAAGGAUUUUGCGAUAGGAAUGGAUUUAGGAACUAUGAAGGGAAAAACUUCCUUUUAGCUGGCAGAAACCUUUGGGCAGCCCCGAUACUUAAGAAAAUUCUGGAUCGGGUAUCGUGACAUUGGGCCCGAUGCAUAGGGGCCGAUCUAUUCAGUCUAACUCUAUGAUAUGCGCUGUGAGUGGCAUCCACAAGUAAACAUGCUGAGCGGAUACCCACAUUGUUUUCAAAAUGGAGCGAGCAAAGGGGUCUGCUAUCUUGAACUUUAUCCGACGGCCACUUGCAAUACCUGCACAGUAAACGUUGGGAGGGGCGGUGGUAAAACUUCAAGUGACCACAAAAGGUAAUUCAGCACAGCUUUUCUGUAUCGGAAUUGGAUCGGUAUCGGCCAAUACUAAACUGUAGAUAUCUGUAUCGGUAUCAGAGGUGAAGACAGCGGAUCGGUGCAUCCCUGGGCAGAACCAGACUCAAUGGUAGACAGUCAUCUGCUGCAACUCUAUGAGCUGCAAAAGUGGGACUGAAGGAGAUACAGAAAAUAAGAGAUUUAUAGAAACCAACAAACAGAACCAUAAUAUGGCUUCAAUGCCAAUAAUAAUAGUAUAAAUGUGUGUAAUAAUUGUUGUGGGAUGUUUGUUGAGCAUCAUAUACAGUCCUGUUGGUCUUCAGCUUCUGUGUUCUUCCACAGGUUGGUGGUUUGUCAGCACAGCAGAGGAGCAGGGUUGGGUCCCUGCCACCUAUCUCAACUCCCACAGCGGCACUCGGGAUGACUUGGAGUUGGGCGCCUCUAAAACUGGGGAAGGUAAGUCACUUCAAAUCUUUCCUACUUCUGACCACACACAAACUCAAAAACAACCUCUUAGUCUCUGUCGGACUCCCACACACGCAUAUACCACCCAUGCCCUUCAUCCUCAGUCUUUGAUCUGUGACAAAAUGGAGCAAAUUUGCCCCACUUUGCUCUGCCGGAACCGGCCUACGCUGAACACCUCUCUGUGUCUGCCUGCCAUCAUAAGCACAAAUGAACAGAGUGUAGAUUCAGACCUGAGGAAGGACAGCCAGGGGAGACCACACCACAACCACUGCAGUGAUGGACGGCACAGUAAUGCUCUGACGCAGCAAAAAAAAAACCUUCAAUGACCUACAUGUAGAAGGUUUAUGAAAGAGACAUGUGUUUUGAUCCGGAGCAAGGAGAAUAUCCCGUAUCAUGCGCUUUAACUCUGAUUAUCAUAAAUAAAAGGAAACUCUGACAUUAGUUAUGCUAUUUCAUGCAACGGCUGCUUAUCAUUGUGGAUUGCCGAUAAAUUACAGUACAGUAAACCAGUGUUGAUGUUAUAUUUUAAGAGAUUCAGAGAGGGAUCCAAGAGACUGAUAAGAAACACAUACAUUGAGUCCAGUUUGCCAGAAUCUGAUGCAGACACAUGUGAAGCUGAGGCUCAAAUCCAACCUUGCAAUCAUUUUGAUAGUCCUGUCAGACAGGGUUACAAAGCCAUGUGAAAGCUGCUUAAGCCGUUUUAGUCUAAAAACAUUUUCAAUAUUACUGUCCAACUCUGACUUCUCCAUUUUUUUGACAGGUCGUCCAGCUUUUUUUCAUUGUUGUUGCAUUUUGCAACAUUGUGUUUGAGAGAACCCAACAAACUAGAGGCACGGAAAUCAUUAAGUUGUGUGUUACACUUCCAAACAAAUAUCAGGAUUUUCCAACACUCUGGCCAAAACAACUUUUUGCUGUACAAUAAGUCCACACUGUAACAAUGAGACCUAAGAUCCCAUUGAUGCUGUGUAGAUUUUGACUGGUGGAGAAAAUACUUGAGGUUAAACAGAAUAACCCUUACACCGUAUCAUAAAUACAUAAAAAUGCAAUGCCCUCAAGAUUAUUAUGUACAUAAUAUGAAUUUAACAACUUUGGUUACAACCUGCCACAAAUGUGGGACCACACACAAACCUAAACGCAAAUGUCAACAAUAAACGCUGCUAUCUACAGCUGCUGCCUGGGAGUUUUGGCGGUGGACAGCCUGUCAGUGUAAUUAGUGUUUAUGUGUCUAGUCAGUCAUAGGAAUGGCAUGAAACUCAUAAAGCAUCUCUUUGUCAGUCCUGUGGUCUUCAGCAGUCUGUGCCCCCACAUCGUCACAGCAAAAAAAAGCCAAUAUUUCUGAAAAAUAUGAUGAAGACAUUAUGGUAGCACUUUUGUUAUAGCCCAAAAUAAAACAUAAUAAAAAGCUUCGAUGGCUUUAGAUGUGAGUUCAACUGCCGACUGAUCCACUUGGGUUUCAUUUUGGUUACGUCUUAUCCAAUAAUAGCCACGCCGCUUCAAAACUGUUGCAGAUUUUGGGAAGUAUGCUUAUUGCUUACUGGCAGAGAUUUGGUUUAGUUGGUUAAUAUGAUUCUUAUGUUUAAUACAAGACAAAUGGAAGCAGCUGGGAAGUUUAGUUCAACAUAGAGACUAAAAGAAGGGCUAAAAAGUUAGUUUUACUCCUUCAAAGAGUUAAAAACAACGUAGCAAGAUACCUUUGUUAGUCAUUUUCUUAAUUAUCUAUCCAGGAUUUUGUGACUUCCUUAAGAUUUUAAAGAACUGUCAGGCAACUACUCAACAGCAAGACAGAGACAGAAACAUAACCACCCUGAUAAUCCGAAUAAAUAUAUUUUUUAUUCCCACUCUAGAUUAAGUCAUAUUGAUAAAAAAGACAAAAUAUAACAUUUCAAUGGUCUUUAAUGGCAUUGAAACUGAACUAGGCCAGCUGUGCCUCCUAUUUCAGAGUUUCUACUAAACUAAGUGGAUUAACGUGACUUAUACUGUGUUUGAGUUACCUUGAAAGUCAGAUGUCGCAGCGGAAAAUGACGUCACACCUGAGUUCCCAGCAUUUCGGUUACCAAGUUGGAAAAAAGCAAAAUCGGAGACGGACACAACGAAAUCUAUUUUAGCGCUUGCCCUGAACCAAAUAAGGCAAGCACUAAAAUAACUUUUGUAGAUGUACCCAUCUUGUCGGUAACUGAAACACUGGUAACUCGGGUGUGACAUCAUUUUCAGUUCUGACAUCUGAUUUCCGAGGUAACUCAAACGCACCAUUAUUUAUAGACAUAUGUUGUACCCUUACUUACCCUUAUUCAAAAAUGUGUAACAUCCUCUUUAUUCCUGAUUUAUUUUACAGUGGGAGUGAGAGUUUUCAACCUUUCUCCCAGAUAUUCACACCAUUAAAAAGUAGUUUUUAUUCAUCCACACAAGAUCUUGCAUUUGGCCAAAGUCUUUUCCCUUUCUACUGUAUUAAGUACAAAAUACAGGAAAUCAAGACCUCGGGCUCACGGCUCCAGCCAGCAGGUCCCGUCAGCUGCUCUAUUAAUUGGAAAGCAUUCCUUCUGCAGCAAUGUGUGUCCCAGAUGCUCUAACACAACAGGAUGGGAAAACCAUGCUAACGACAUCCUAAUUACAAGCCACGGAGAAGAUGUCUUGGUUUUAACACUUCCUCUGUAACCUCCAUCCAUUCAUCCAUCCGUGCACUCUAACUGUCCAACAUGUUUUUGCUUUGCGGUCUUGUUUUAAUGUCCUACAUGUAGCUAUUAACGGGGCCCUCUCUCUGGAUCCAUGUCAUUUGUGUGCUGCGUGUUUGUGUAACAUUUUCUGCCUCCUCUUCAUGUCUCUCAUGUUUGUUUGUGUGUUUAUCGUCUGGUCACCACAUGUGUGUCUGUCAGUUACUAAGCGACAUAAGGCUCAUCUGAAGAGGCUGGACCGGAGAUGGACGUUGGGGGGUGUCAUCAGCAGGCAGCAGAGCCGAGGUGAACUGAGACAGAUGCAGCAUCACCUCCCCCCUCCCCUCCUUUCUCUCCUUUGUUAUUGUUCUCCUCACUCUGUCUGUAUUUUAUGUCUCUUAUCACACGGCUCAUCUCGUCCCUCUCAAUGUGCACAUAUGUGUUCAUACUCUGUCGUCUUGUAGCAAACGUGUUCCUCAAACCAACUCAGCUAACCACUAACAUUCAUAUGAAACAGCCUGCAAAACAUAGGUGAAAUCAGCAACUUUUACACACACCGAUUGAUGAUGCCACGCUGAAAAUACGCAACAAAAUUCCUCCAUGUAAGCAUUUUGUAGUAACAAACCACCGUGUGCCAAGACCAGUCUUCCCAGAAUCAGAGCAAAACAAACUAGGAAAUUGUUGCGUAAUAGACUUUGGAAUGCCUCAUGUUGCAUUUGAGAGCCAUAUUUUGCUUUUUUAUGAGCGAAUGAAGCUUGUAUGUAGUUUUAAUGAGUGUGUUUUCUCUCAAAAGGUGGCACAAAAGGCCACUUUUCCUGCUGUGGGUGCAGAUAGCAACCGGUCAGAACAGAUGAAAAACAGCCAUAUUAAUCUCUCACUUACUUAUUAAGAAAGUCCCUUUCUUAAUCACAAACUUGCACAUGUUCUUCUAACAAAAGCCAUGGAGAUGCAUUUGGAUCCCUGACAGAGGAGUGAGGAUAGGCUAUUGAGUUCAGCCCAAACUUUGCUCUUGGCAGUGGAUGCUGCUCUCUGGAGUGGAGGGAGAGUUGUUUCCAGCCUAGGACUGAGAUCCUGCUUUGUGUUAGAAAAAAACAGAGAGAGAUAUUUUGCUGACUCCACAAGAAUAAUUUAUAACACCAAUGCAGGCGAUGCAUGUUGUGGUUAACAUAACAUCUGAUUCAGAGUUUCCCUUCAUCGCACUGCUGGAUAUUGUUUGAGGGGAGGCUGGUGAGAGGGAAGCGUUUUACCAGCCACGACACAAAAAAAGGGCCGGAAGAAACAGGCAAAAGGAAAAUAAAGUGUACGGAAAUAUCCUUUACCGUGGAGUCUUCUGUAGUUUCUGCAAGCAAAGGGAAUUACAAUCCCAAACCCGGUCAGCUCCUACAUUACAGCUGAACAUGUGGAGGAGAAGGGAAUGGAAAAAAUGUGUCACCAGACUGUUGAUUCUUGUGUGUACAGCAAACAGAGCAGCACUUUUUUAAUGUGCGCCUUUUUUAUUUCUGAACACACCUCUCCUUCCUCUGCUGGCUGUGUUUAGACAGGAAUUGCCAUAAUGACAGGAAAUUAUGUUUUUGCUCUGCCCCUUGGCCUCAUGGGAAUGCAUAAAUCAGCAUGGAGCCUCUGCUCUUUAUUAAGGGUGAGGAGAAGUCUCUUGUCACAAGGCCAGGGACACUAGCUGGCCCCAUGUGUUGAAGUUCUCCUCGGUCAAAACCCUUUAUGAAUAUCAUCAUUCUCACUGAAACCCUAAGCAGAUAUGAAUCCAUACAAUUUAUUAACUCUGUUUUCUUGUCAUGAGGAGUAAUUACAAGUUGUAUAAAUCUCAAUGUUCUCAGCUUGUUAAGUCUGACAAAUUUUGGAUUUAGUUGCACCGUGAAACAAAUCAAGGCUUACAGACACCACACAUGAUUGUGAUAAAAGACACUGAUUUUAUGUAAGCACUCUUAUUGAGGAAGCUUUGAUUGUUUAUUAAGUUUUUUCAGUUCCUAUUUAUUGCUAUACAUUUGAACUUUUGCAGUGUGUUCAUUGCAAGUUCUUAUGUGAUAACAUAAAAACUGCAAUAUAUUGUGCAGCCUAAAACUACGUAGGCUCUGUCUGGUUAAACUGGCGUAUAAAUCCAACCAGAUUAAUGUGUAAUCAGCACAAGCAUGUGUACAUUAGCCUGUAAGGAGGACUGAAGGCAGGUGGUGCUAGGUCGGCUAAUGUUAGCCUGAAGACUCUGCAAUUCAGUCAGUUCGUUUCUAUCUGAAUCUCUGUUGUUGCAUAACGUCCUCAAUGGGGACACAAUAUGACUGUUCAGAUGAAUGUAAAUAUGGUUCAGGUUUAAUCAGAUCCAGUUCGGAUUACACAUGCUGGAUUGAGAUGACUCAGUCCUACCUUAUCAGAAAAACGAGUCACUACCAGAAUUAAAGAUAAAGAAUUAUCUAUUAAUUUUCAUUAAUUAUAAAUGACGUCCCUUUAUAGACUGAACCGGCAUCAUUGCAUCCUCUUCAUCCCUUAAUUCAAUGUGAAUCUGCAUCUUCUCCCAAUGCAUAUAAACAGUGCAUGCCACUUGUUGCUGUCGCUGCUUAUGUUAGCAAAAUGAAACUCAAUGAUUUACCUCUGUUCAGUUUUUGCAGAUCACCACAACAACAGUGCGAUUUUGUGGAAAGAGUGUUUGUGUUUGGUGUUUUUUUCCCCAGUUUUUCUGACAGUCUUUUGGUUUUGCCGAGCUUUGAGACAUGACAUCCUUUUAGUUUGCCUGAAAACGAUACUUUCAUGUCAAAAAUGGGAGUCAAAAGUGGUAAUUCUUCCCUGUUUCUACACUGGCCUCAAGGAAAUCCCCCAAAGCUUUUUCAGUGCAAGUGUUGAAGGACUGAAUCCACAAUAUUUGUUUCAUGUAAAAAUGCACUGAAGUAGAAGCAGUCUUGGGCAGUUAAAGAAAGAGGGAACCUCCCAAAGUUGUUCCUUUUUGUCCCAUACUCUCUUUUUAUGUUUCCACAGUGUUUACUUACAAAGCUUUGGUGAAAGAAAGUUUAAAAAGAGGGUUUUCAAACAAAACAAAAAUUACUGCCUUUGUAUUCAUGAUCUCAACAGCCAGUAUAGUCAGGUGGAAAAUAGUGCUUCCAAUAUAAAGGCAUAAUAAUAUAAUUCAAUACAAACCUGCAAAAGCAUAAGCCAAUGGUCAACUCCAAUAGCCACUUAUGUGUGUUAGGAAGCAGCCUGUCCAUCAUAGUUGUACAGUACUCUAUGUUAUACUAGUGCAGAGGAAUCUUGCAUUAUAAGGGAAUCUUCCAAUGUGAAAUGAUGGCAACGUAGUUUUCCUAAAGUCAGUGAUGUCUUGUGGUCACGCAUUUCCAUAAAAAGUUUCUCAGUUUAGAAAAAAAAAAAGAUAAGCAAACUCAUGUGCCAAGGAUCAGUCUAAGACAGAGCACAUCUAAUCCCACAUCUGGCAGCCAAAGCUGCUGCCAAAAAGCAGAACAGUUCCUGCCUGUAUUAAAUAAAAGAUACAACUCUCCUCUAAUGUGUUACCACUAAAUCAGUGCCAAUAUAUCUGUUUCCCUUCACAUUUCCCUCAAACUCUCAUACUGCAGCAGGAUUAUAUUAUGAACGUACGUUUACUGAAUAGAGUCACAGAUUAAACACUCUACAUUUUUCCUGUCCCGAUGCCAAUUGCUCUGUAAGAUUUCAUAAUGUCAGUAAUCUCAAACUUUGCUGACAUCUGCUGCUCUGGCUUUCACAGAGGAGAAGUAUGUGACGGUGCAGCCGUACGUCAGCCAGGGCAAGGAUGAAAUUGCCUUUGAGAAAGGGGCUAUUGUGGAGGUGAUUCAGAAGAAUCUUGAAGGGUGGUGGUUCAUCAGGUAAGCCUUUGUCAACGUCAUGCAUUGAAUUAUUUAUCUUAAAAAAUCAGAUUACCUUUUUAAUUUCAAUGUCGUUUACCUUAAAGGUACCAGGACAAAGAGGGCUGGGCUCCCGCCUCUUACCUGAAGAAGAUGAAGGAUGACUUCUCUCCCCGAAAAAAGAACGUGACAGGCCCGGUGGAGAUCAUUGGAAACAUCAUGGAGAUCAGUAACCUGCUCAACAAGAAAGCCUCCAGUGAGAAAGAUGUGCAGAUCGAGGGCGUCCCAGAGAGCCCCCAGGUGGCCAAGAAGGAGAUCAGCUUGCCAAUUCCUUGUGCUGAAUCCAGUCCUGUAAAUACCCCACAGGAGGGAAAAAGUAAAGCAGAACCUGCAUCACCAGCUAUAGCUCGCAUUGCACCUCAUCGCGUGGAGAUCGGUAAGCCAUCGCGCUGUGAAUGUUUGUAGUUUGGUCAGUCAUAGUAAUCAAUCAAUAAUAAAGGAUAUUUUCCACUGUGUUUGCUGUAUAGGUUCUCCUGUCCUUAGACAGAAACCUCCCCCAAGAAGGGAUGCCACCUUGGUAAGAGUGUUUGGUUUUUUUCCAUCAAUAACUUCCAUUUAUCCCCCAGUUAGUUCUCAUUUGUUACAUGCUGAAAAUUAUUGAGUUUGAUAAGCUGCAUUAAAGAAGUGCUAAUACUCAUCUUGUGGCAGUGUGCUUAAAUUACCUUUAUUUACAGUAGAGGACUAAACUUAAAAAUACAAGAUGGAAAAGAUGAAUCAAUCACCACCAAUUUGGUCUGAAUUUAUCUGUAAAGAUUCAUCUGUUUUUUUCAAUGGUACCAACAUUAAGCAGCAAGUAAUCAAGGCUGGUCAUGAGGAGUUAGGUUUCCUUUAAAAUAUAUGAACUUAAAGCUCCUGUGUGUAAUUUUUGAUUUGUGUAUAUUUCGGUGUCCCCUGUGGACAAAGGAGACAUUGCUUAUUGUAAUAUCCUAUCCUGCUGACUUUUCACAGUCAAAUGUAUCAUCAAUUUUGAGUAUUUUAUGCGAAAAUGGUAAAAACGGGGCUGUUUCUUCAGAACUGCAGCUGACACCUACCCCUCGCACAGAUUUCACACAUUAAAAGCUAUGCUGUAAAAAUCGCAAACCAUGUUGCUGAUUGUUUUGUUUGCUUUACAGAAUAUGAUAAAAAAAUAAUAAUAUGUGUUACAGUCUAUUUCAUGAAUGUCAAAAAAUUCCUCAGGAGCUUUAAAUAUAUUAGAUCUAGUGGUUUUAAAGCUAUGGGGCAAGACCCCAUACUGGCCUCAAGAUCAGUUUGAGAUAUGUUGAGAUAGAAAGCCAUUGGGGUUGGAAAGAAGAAUAACAUUAGCAACUACAUUUGUUGAAUGAAUGUCGUGGGAAGCAAGAGUGAAGUAUUUUCCUCCAAAAUGUAAUGUACUAAAAUGUAAUAAGAACAAACAACAGCAGGAGGGAAAAAAUUCUCAACCACUGGAAAACACAAGUAACUCAAAGCUGGAUCUAUUGUUGUUCUGGAUAUUCUUAAGUAACACCCUUUAGACACUGACAAUCUAACAGUGCCAAUUUCUUAUUACAUUCCCAGGGUUUCCAGUUGCCCUCCCCACCAGAGCCCCCUGCAGUCGAAGCAGAGUACUACACCAUUGCAGAUUUCCAGUCCUGCAUAUCUGAUGGCAUAACUUUUAAUGGUGGACAGAAAGCAGAGGUAAGCACUCUUUUCAUGGUUACCUUCAGUAACUAGAGAACUGCAUAUUCAGCUUAGAACUCUAUAAAUGAAUCUAUUAGAUAGUCAUAGUGCAGUGGUAUGCUUUACAUAAGAGAAAAAAAUGGGAUCUCAUGAAAGUACAUCAAAAAGCUUCACAAAUAGACUGAACUUUUCUCUUAACUAUGUGUCCUAGGUCAUUGAGAAGAACUCUGGUGGUUGGUGGUAUGUUCAAAUAGGAGAGAAAGAGGGCUGGGCUCCCUGCUCCUACAUAGACAAACGGAAAAAGCCCAACCUGAACCGAAGAACAAGCACUCUGUGCCGCCCAAAAGUCCCACCUCCUGCUCCACCAGUCAAAAAGCAAGACUCAGUGGAGACUGCACCUCCCAGCAGCCCUGGGUCCGAAGCCCCAGAGUCCCCUGUGUCACCAGGGAGGCCAGUUUAUGAAGAGCCAGAAUAUGAUGUCCCUGCUAUUGGUGAUUUGGAUCUGGAGUCUGAGUUUGAGUUCCUGAGGGGAGAAAGUUCCCUGGUAGAUGCAAAGAAUGAGGACACUACCUCUGAGAAAGGAUCCCACCUUUCCUCCAAGCCCUCUCCAGCUUCUUCACUCCACAGUGCCUCCUUUAGGAUGGGAGAGUCAUUUGAAGACGGACAUGAAGCAGAAGGAGCGAUAGAGCCAGAGGAAGAGUGCAUCUAUGAGAAUGAUGGCUUCAGGCCCUUCAGGGAGACACCAGAGAGGCAGUGCAGCAGGGACUCAAAUUCCUCCAAGACAAGCGUCUUGUUAGAAACCAGCAAGACUGCGAGCCCGACAUCCAGUGGAUGGAGACCUGCAGGUAACAAGUUCAAGAUUGACCUGAAUGGUAGUCAGUUUCCAACUAAAGCUGAGGAGGCGUCCAGUCCGAAAUCUGCCUCAACUGAGUCUACUCCAGAUCUCUCCAGGACAAAGAAAGAGCAUGAGGAGAACAAGGCAUCCUUUUCUAUCAAGUCUUCUUCGAAACCAAAGCCAGUGGUGAGACCUAAACCACAACUAGCAAAGGCAUCCAGUGCAGAGAAGAUGGACAUCAGCACCUUGAGAAGACAGCUGCGGCCAACAGGGCAGCUGAAGAACGGCAGCAAAACUAAAGGGGAAGACUCUGAGACAGCUUCAGUCAUCUCCUCAGAAGACUCCUUUUCUUCCCAGAGUACAUCAGACCUGUCCUCUAUCUAUUCUAAAGGCAGCAGGGGAGACUCUGACCUGGAAAGCAGCAGCCUGUAUCGCACCACAGAUCCCUAUGAGAAAGUCCAAGAGUCUGAGAUCAGCUUUCCUGCUGGAGUGGAGGUGGAGGUGGUGGAAAAGCAAGAAAGUGGAUGGUGGUAUAUCCGCUGGGGAGAUACAGAAGGAUGGGCACCAACUUAUUACCUGGAGCCCACCAGGCAACAGGAUGACAUGGCAGGGACAGAAUCUGAUGGUACCCCAACCAAACCUGGAAGCCUUAGCAAGUCCAACAGCCUGGAGAAGAAUGAACAAAGGGUCCAGGUGUUGAACAACAUCAACCAAAACCUAAAAAAGGUCACCCCACCCAUUCCCUCCAAGCCGCCAGGGGGCCUCUCCAAAUCAAUCGGCUUAUUUGGAUCACGGAAGCAGAACAGCACCAAGCAGCAGCAGGUAGUCAGACCUCAGUCUGUCUUCAUAUCAGCCCCAAUCAGGGAUGGUCCCAGCCCUGUUGGCUCUCUCAGGAGAAACGAGUCCCUUAAUUCCACAGACCAUCCCCGUGCAAGUCCCACAGUGCGACGCAAUGCCUCAUUUGGCACAGCACCCCGCAGCCAGGCACCAAACAACAUAGCACUACCAAACAGGAACAGAUUCGAUACUGGCAGCUCUGAGUCUCUUGGCAUCAGCUCUCAGAGGAAUGCCAUCCCUGUGUCCACAGUGAAACCAAAGCCCCACAUCAUACACAACAACCUCAGAGAGGUGUAUGUUUCCAUAGCAGAUUACCAUGGUGAUGAGGAAACCAUGGGAUUUCCAGAGGGAACAAGUCUUGAGGUCCUGGAAAGAAACCCCAACGGUUGGUGGUACUGUAAGAUUCUGGACAAUGGCAGACCAAGGAAAGGAUGGGUUCCUUCAAAUUACCUCGAGAGGAAGCACUAGCACUCAUGUGUGGAGCUGGCAGAACUCUAACCAUGCGUGAAAAGACUACUCAAACGGAUGCAUUUAUUUUGUGAAAUAAUCCUGAGACAUGAAGGAAGGAUUGAAAUCCUACUCGGUACCUUUGCCAAAAUGAGCAGUUAGUUUAAAUUGUGACUGAAACAAAAGGAGACAUCUGUUUCAAUGAGUCAACAUGAUACAGUGCCUGAGAUGAUGCAUUAGGAACAGUGGAGUAUAUUGGGACUUAGUUAAACAGCCAAAGAGAACACCAGAGGGCGGAAGAAUGACUUCAUUAAAAUUCUUCACUGCUUACCUUUAACUUGAACUAAGAUGUUGUUUUGUGUCCAUGCCUUGAACCUUCUCUGUAAGUUUAUAAUGUAUUUUUUGUAACUUUUUAAGCAUUUAAAGCUUACUGCAUGUUUAAAAUGAUUCAUUAUAUUGACGACGCCUUAAGCUGUUGAAUUUAAACCUUUUCCUCAUCCUUUUUGAAAGGAAAAUCUCAGUUAUUGCCAAAGCUGCUUUGUGUUAGUCUCAUCUUGGUGCUGUCUUUUUGCAUGUUUAAGAUAAUUUCAUACCUUAUGUCACACUUAAGUGAAAUAUUUUAUCCUUUUAAGCGUGUAAUAAUAUCUUGACUAAACAAUCUGUGAGCAUCUCUGAUUAUGGUUAUGUAAAAACAACCCCUGAUGAUCUCUCCUGAAACUUAUAGCCUUUAUUUCAGUGCCUGAUCGUCUAUUUUGAAACUUUCUUGACGCCAGUGAAAAUAUUUAUUCAUUACUUAAAAAUCCUAUGAUCUCUGGUUUUGUUAUUAUUUUAGGACAUCUACCAGUUAAAAAUAUGUAUCACUAAAGCCUAAACAUUUAUAAGAACUGCUCUAUAAAUCUUAAAAACAUUUUUGAAUUUCUGCUGGGCAGUAAAUUUGACAUAACUUUACAGCAACAGUAUUACUGGGGUGCUCACUUUUGUUUGAUGUGUACUGUGUGAUCAGUGAUGAUUACCAAAGUGCCAAAAGAAUGACUUAAAUAAAUGCACUUUUGAACAGA